GCUCAUGCCGCUCUGCUUCCGGUGGGAGUGGGGAGGGAGGUGAGAGCGAGAGCGAGAGAGCCUGAAACCCCCCAUUCAGCGCGUUCCUCUUCCCGGCUUCCUCUCUAUGAUCUCCUCUUAAAGCCAUCCCGGGCCGGGCGGGGGCGGGGCUUCUCCCCCUCCUCCUCCCCCGCCUUCCCUCCUCCUCUCGUGGGUCGAACCAAGCAGGAUCCGAACCGGGGGCCGGAGGGGGAGGGAAGAUGGCGCAGGCCUUGUCUGAGGAGGAGUUCGAGCGCAUGCAGGUGCGUAUGGCCGGGCGGCCCGGUGGGUGGGUGGGGAGCGGAGUGGGGCGGGGCGUGGGGAGGAACAGCACCCAGUGGGUGUCAUGAGCGGGGGGUGGGGGUAGGUGUCGUUGAAAGUAUUCAGGGGUGGUGGGGGUCCAGUUGCCAUUAUGAUUUUUUUUGGGGGGGCAGGGUAGAGAUGCAGAGAGUGAUGAUUCCUGAAGAUUUGAGGCUGGGGGCCAGAACUGGGUGGGAGCUGUUAUUAUUUGUUUAUUAAAUCUGUAUAGCACCUUUCACCCCAAGAUCAUCCAUAAAGAGAACCUAAAUACAUGAUGAUAAAACCCCAAUAACAAACCAACAACGCCCCCUCCAAUACAUAUUUAAAAGGCUGUAGAUUGUUUAAUCAAAGGGACGCGAGUGGCAUUGUGGGUUAAACCACGGAGCCUAGGACUUGCGGAUCAGAAGGUCAGCAGUUCAAAUCCCCACGACAGUGUGAGCUCCCGUUGCUCAGUCCCUGCUCCUGCCAACCUAGCAUUUCAAAAGCACGUCAAAGUGCAAGUAGAUAAAUAGGUACUGCUACAGCAGGAAGGUAAACGUGCGCUGCUCUGGUUUGCCAGAAGCGGCUUAGUCAUGUUGGCCACAUGACCCAGAAGCUAAUGGUCACUGACUCUGGGGUUGCGGCGCUCAUCUCACUUUAUUGGCCGAGGGAGCCGGCGUACAGCUUCCGGGUCAUUCUGCUAAUGGUCAGGGAUCCCUUUACCUUGAUUGUUUAAUCAGUUGUGUGAUAUAUAUGUGUGUGUGUGUGCGUUUGCUGCAUUUGUUCUUUCCGGUUCAUGGUUAAAAACGCAUUAGGUCAGGGCUGAGGAGCCUGUGGCCCUCUAGAUGAGCCUUUCCCAAGCUUAGGUCCCCAGGUGUUGUUUGACUACAGCUCUCAUCAUCCCUAGCCAACAGGAAGAGUGGUCAGGGAUGAUGGGAGAUGUGGUCCAACAACAUCUGGGAACUGUCCUCAUCUUGCCUGCCAGGUUGAGAACGGCUGCUCUAGAUGUUUCUGGAUUGCAGCUCCCAUUUUCCCUGACCACUGAGUGUUCCAGCUGGGGCUGGAAUUCAACAAGAUCUGGAGGGCCACAGGUUCCCCACUUGUGCCUUAAGUGCAUCCCUAAAAUUUUAACGUGCGUAAGCCAGUCCUUGGCCUGUGGGAAUUAUCAAACACAGUACUUUUGAAUUGGCAGCCUCUGCUGAUGUUUGCUUUAAACCUUUUGGUCUGCUUUCUGUUGCCUCCCCCAAAAUUAUCAUUGGCAAAUUCUCAUAUGAACCGAAAAUAAAUUUAUUUAUUUUAAUUUAUAUACUGCCCUUCAGCAAAAGAUCUCAGGAUGGUUCACAUAUUUUUUUAAAUAAAAAAAACCCAUCCUUUUCGUGGCUUCGUGUCUGUGGAAUUGUCACCUCCUCUAAACUAAGCUGAGCACCAACACUGACGUCGUUAAAAACCCUUGUUCAAAACUUAUUUUCUCUGGCCUUCACUGGCCAUUACUGCCAGCAUUGUGCAUUCUUUUUUACGAUCUUGUCAUUUCAGAUGAAAGGUGGUAUCUAAAUAUGUUAAAGAAAUAAAGUAGAAUAAACAUGCUUCCCCCAACCCACCCUACCAUGAUCUAACUCUACUUUUGCCUCCCCACUUCUUGUAGGACUUGCUGGCCCUCUGUAUACUAAGAGACAAAGAGAACGAAGAAUGGAGUUCCUUUGCCCUUUAAAUCAUGUCUGGGGAAUCUUUGGUCCUCCAGAUGGUGCUGAAUUACAACUCCAUCAACCCCAGCAAGUAUGGCCAAUGGCCAGGGAUAAUGGAAGUUGUAGUCCAGCAACACCUGGAGGGUCAAAGCUUCUUCACAUCUGUUUUAAAUAGUUGUAGAAGAAGGGAUUCUAGCAGUACGCUUUUCUCUCCUGCCACCAUUUCCUCUUCUAUUUAACCAUUCAUGGAGCCCUGUUCUCAUUUGCUAUUUGGUCCUCCUAGCAUACAUAAAUAUAUGCCAAGGUAUCUUUGCUGAUUUCCAUCAUCUUGCACCUUGCUGUGCCCCAGAAUCUUUGGGGGCUCAGUUCAUCCCUGCAGGGGAAGCAGUGUCAUGUCCUCCUUUGCUUUCUUCUCUUGCUGCUGCUUUCCUCAGUUGUUUUCCCUCUGGCUGCCCUGGAAGAUCAGGCCAAAGGCCCAUCUAGUCCAGCACCCUGUUUUCAGAGUGGCCAAGCAGAUGUCAGUGGGAAGUCUGCAAGCAGGACCUGAGAACUGCCCCCUUUUGAUUCCUAGCAACUGGUAUUCAGAGACGUAAUACUUGCAACCUUGGAGGUAGAACAUAGUCAGUAGCCCUUCCUGAUUCACUGCUGAGAGUUUCAGCCACGCUGCUUUACUUUUGAAGCAUGAAAAAAUGGUGAAUGAAGUUCCCAUUCUCCAGUUGCUUUUAUAAAAGAAGAGAUCAAACAAUAAAACUGUUAGCACAUUUGGAAACCUAAGCAGGGUCUGGCAUAGCUUCAAAUUGGAUGAGAUUCCUGCAUUUUAGGGCAUUGGACUAGAAGAUCCUUGGGGUCCUUUCCUACUCUACAAUUCUACGAUGAUAUAUCCCUUUCCUUGAUCUCUUACUCCCACUCCCCAACCACCUUUGGUCCAAUAACCAGAUCACAGGUUGCUUUUCCAGAGUGCAUAAGGGCCCAUUGGUCCUUGAUUAAUCACAUGCACAGUGGAGAAUUUUACCUGUGAAGAGGCAUGUUAAUUUCACUGUAAGGGUGUUGCCUGUUUUCGCAAGUAGGUUUUUGAUGUAUACGAGGGAACCUGUAGCCCUACAGAUGAUCUUGUACUCCAACUCCAAUCAGCCCCAGCCACCAGAGCCAGUGGUCAGGGAUGAUGGGAACUGUAGUCCAACAGCAAGGUUCCCCGUUCCUGAUGAAUAUAACACAGUAAGAAACUUGGUCCACUUCAUUUUGUUUUAGGACCUUGAGGGGGUCAGUUCAGUGUCAGGAGAAACCAGCUAGCAGUGAAAGGAGCCGUGGAGGGGGUUUGUCAUGUGAUAAGCACAAGGAGUCUUUCUGCCCUGUUCCAGACUUGGUUAUGUUGACUUUCUGAUACCUGCAGCAACUCUUUCCAGCACUCAAACAAUGUAUGCUUUUUGCUUUGCUGCUGAAACACAACUAUCUCUUGUGGGGAAGAAGGCAGCUGAUACAAUGAUUUCUUUCACAGAUCAAAAACAUAUGCAAGUUGUGGGGUGUGCUGUUGUGAGAGAACAGAGUUAAGACUAUAAAGCAGGAGUGGGAAAACCUGUGACCAUCCAGUGUUACUGGGCUACAACUCUCAUUAGCCCUGACCAUUGGCUCUGCUGGCCGGACUUGGUGGGUGUUGUUUGAGUACAACCUCUGGAGUUCCCCAGAAAGUCCCCAGCUCUGAACUCCUGGGUGAAAUAUGGCUGACCGCGUGGUGUUUGGCACCUCGUCCCACAAUCCCAGAGUCACUUAUUGGUGGCCAGAAAAACUAGUUGCUUUCAAGGCUUUUGAUGCCAAAACAGCCUUCCCCAAGCUGGUGCCCUCCCCUCCGAGUGUUUUGGAGUAUUGGUUUUAAUGUGGGGAAGGGGUUGUCGUCUCUUUGGUAGUAAUUCACUUUGGGUUGCCCUGGGCAAGAUAAAGCGACUUAACAAAUUUAACCCAGGGGUUAGGGACGAUGGGAGCUUUGGCCACAAGUUGGGAAAGGCUGCAUUCAAGAAUAACAAAUGGGGGAAACUGAUGCAGACAUAUGGAGGGCUGAUGGCAGUCUUUCCAUUUCUUCCAGAUUGCUGCUUCCCUAUCCCCUAUAUCAAACUCCAGGGUAGACAUGUAUAUUACACUUAUCCCGAAACAGGAAACGGACCUAUUAUCUGUUUAAAAUUAUAGGCCGAUCUCUUAAUGGAUUAUAAGCUGUUUGCAGUUAUAUUAGCACACCGUAUGAAAGUGUUAUUAAAGGAUAUAAUUCACCAAGACCAGGCCAGAUGUGUGCGGAGAGGGAGAUGUCAGAGCCCCGCUGCUCUCUAUGGGGAAUCGGAUAAGAGCGGACCGCCUGUCCGCUCUCAUCCGAUCCCAUCCAAUCUGAUCCCCACCCAGGACGGAUGGAAAAUAGGGUGGACACAGUCCGGCGCCCGCCUAGUGGGCGAAAAUUAGACAUUUUUUUUUUUAAUCUUUCGAAUUUUUCAAUUUUUCCCACGGCACACCAGGCAACAUCUCGCGGCACACUAGUGUGCCGCGGAACAGUGAUUGAAAAACACUGGACCAGAUGACCCUUUUGGUCCCUUCCAACUCUAUGAUUCUAUGAUUUCUGGGCCUCACAUCUGCAAAAUGAGAGUAGUGCAGGCUUAUUUCCUAAAGGUUGAGGACAGAUGAAAUAAGAUUUGGAUUACAUUGUCCACAAUUCAAAAAGUGUCCCACGCAUUGUUUCCCAAGGAACUCAUGUUCCCGGCUUGAUCAGUGGAAAAAGCCCUGGGCUCUUGGCCACAAACCUGGCCAGAGUUCUUCAUUGACUGGCCCUGCCAGCUUCUUCAUUCUUUACUGUUUCUCUUGCUAGGCUCAGCUACUGGAACUUCGGACUCAGAAUUACCAGCUUUCUGAUGAACUCCGCAAAAACACUGCUGGUAAGAAGCGGACCUUUCCCUGCCAGCCCCUUGAGACUGCCAGUAUCUCUGGUUACUGGGUACAGCAUGCUGUUCACAGGCUUCUGUGUUCUGCAACUGAGAUUAAAGCAGCAGUUCUCAACCUGUGGGUUGUUGUUGGACCACAACUCCCAUCAUCCCUGAGCUCUGGCCUUGCUAGCUAGGGGUGAUGGGAGUUGUAGUUCAACAACAUCUGGGGACCCACAGGUUGAGAAAGGCUGGAUUAAAGUAUCACAAUCACCUUGACUCAUAUUUAUUUAUGUUAAUAGUUGCACACAUGUAACAUGUGCUCUGUUCUGUGUUUCACAACGGAACUGUUGUAGAGUCUGGAAUUUUAAGGAAAAUAAUGGUUGCAGGAGGAAAACAUUAAGUAGGAGUGGUAUUUUCUGUACACACCAGGCUACCUGUGUGUUGUGGUUUUGUUGGAGCGCAAAAAACAAACAAAAAGGAAGGGGGGGUGGGAUCUGGUGUUGACCACAGAAUUCAGCUUUCAUUAAAAACCACCAGUAGUCCAUAUGAUUGCAAAGGCAUGCUUGGAAGUGUACAGGCAGUGCCUGGUGAAAUUGUAAAAUUGAAGCAAAUUGCCACAUCACCUUUCCUGUGGUUAGAGGGUUGGGUGUUGGUGGCCUAACCACAGCCUUUUACCUUCCUAUAAGUAGCAGAAGCAGAAUAAACUAUGCUGAAGUUCCAGGGGCUUGCCAGUCCCUCCGCAUCCUUGGACAAGGGAUGAAGAGGUUGCCAAACAGACAACUUCCCUCUCCAGAUUGAAGCUCUCUAGCCUUGCCAUCAGAUACGAAGUAGGGUUCCACCUCAACCAAUCGCUACUGGCAUCCUCUUUCGUCCUUUGUCCUUCUUUUGGCUGCUUUUGCCUUCCUUAAGGUGACUGGCUGACUGCUCUCUGUGCACUGUUGGAAGGCCUAACAUCUUUCUAUGCCUUCUUACCUCUUGUGAAACUUUCCCCUGACACUCCCGUUUGGCUGCUGUGCUCCCUGAGCCUGUGGUCUCUCUGUCAUUUCCAAAGACCAGGAAAAACAUCUCACUGCAGCAGAAACAUACACACACUCUGCUUCUGAAAUGCGGUUACAAGAGAGGACACGAAAUUUACUCUUUUAUAUGCAUGUAUUUAAAAUGUUGAGAUUCGAGUUCUGUGUCAGAUACCAGAGUUCAUGUUGUGUUCUACAAGUACAGAAUCAUAGAAAACCAGCGGCCCUCUCUCUAAAGUACUUCUUCAAUUCUGAUCCUUUGUUCCUUUGAUAUCUUUAGAAUUAAAUGGUCUUCGGCAACGGGUGACCUAUUUGGAUAAGGAAUUUACCAAAGCUCAGAAGGUAAAGUUCUUCAUUGCAGUGGAUGUGUGGAAGGGAGUGGGGGAACCACAUGGGAACAAGUGGGUAUACCCUGCCAUAGAAAUAAUUGACUCUGACUCUGGGGUGUAAUGAUAACUGUUUUCCCACCUUCCCAUUGAUGUAUUAUUAACCAAUUUCUCUCUUUCCCAGGCUCUGAAUAAGAGCAAGAAGGCUCAGGUAAGGCUUCUUGCAUGUGUUGCUUGCUGUGGGUGCUCCCAAUUAUCAUCCUGCCAAGGUCAACUCCAUCUCUCCCACCAACAUAUGUCAUCAUUUGAUCAUCCAUCUAUCAAUGGUUUGGGGAGCACCUCCAGCUUGUGGGCCUAUCUGAGCCCACCAGGUCCCCCCAUUUAGUCCACCUGUUUUCGCCAGACCACACACCUACCUGCCACACUAACAGGCAUCUGGGUAGGGUGACUGACCCUUUCCACCUGUCAAACUUGGCCUAGAGGUGAGGUGGCGGGAGAUACAGUUCAUGUGCCCCUGCUCUGCAAGGCCUCCUUUCCCCUGAUGAAGGUCCGCCUCCCCAUUCGUUGGGAGUAUCAAUAACCUAAGCUGAGGUGGAAGCAGCCCUACCCCCCAGAAAAAAACUGAUUUCCCUACCCAGCCCUUCUCCACCCCAGAACUUGAAAAAGAUCUGGCAUUCUGGGAAGAUGGGCCAUUUGAAGAUUCAGGAUAUAGUGACACAGCUACUUUUUGUGUGAUUAUAUCUGGCUCCAAGUGUCAAGUAGGGACGCAGGUGGCCCUGUGGGUUGAACCACAGAGCCUAGGACUUGCCGAUCAGAAGGUCGGCAGUUCGAAUACCCGCGAUGGGGUGAGCUCCCGUUGCUUGGUCCCUGCUCCUGCCAACCUAGCAGUUCGAAAGCACGCCAAAAAGUGCAAGUAGAUUAAUAGGUACCUCUCUGGCGGGAAGGUAAACGGCGUUUCCAUGCGCUGCUCUGGCUCGCCAGAAGCGGCUUAGUCAUUCUAGCCACAUGACCCGGAAGCUGUACGCCGGCUCCCUUGGCCAAUAAAGCAAGAUGAGCGCCGCAACCCCAGAGUCAGCCACGACUGGACCUAAUGGUCAGGGGUCCCUUUACCUUUAAGUGUCAAGUAGGGAGAAGAUCUGGGAACUGGCAGUGGACACUUGAGUAGGAAUAAUGCCUUCCAAAUAUCUUCCACUAAAAUGUAGAAGGGGGGGUCGGGUUUUCCUCCCCCUUCCCUCCCUUCCAGUUACACCCUUGUCCAAUCAAGUACCUCUGCUACCCAUCCUAUAGGUUGCGGCACUCUGCCUAUGGGUAAGUACCACUUGCCUAGGCUGAGUGGCUCUGUAUGUUACUGGGAGAAAGGCAGGAAGCUAACAGGAAGAUAGUAAGUAGGGGCAUUUCCUCUUGUGGCUGGGAAACAAGCAAACAAAUCUUCUGCUUGUGGAUUAGGUGCUGGCCCCUAGUGGAGGGACGAUGAGCACCACAGGGCUUGCGUCCGAGGUAUCAUGGAAUUCUCUCUUUCCCCCUGCAGGAGGUGGAUGCCUUGCUCAGUGAGAAUGAAAUGCUUCAGGGAAAACUGCACAGCCAGGAGGAUGACUUCAGGCUGCAAAACAGCACUCUCAUGCAGGAGCUGUCCAAGGUACUGACUGCUGAAGUUGCUUCUGCAGUAGCGCUAGGGGCCUGCCAGAGGGCGCUGCUGUGAGGCACAACAUGGCAUUGAGAGUCGCUGAUGAGCCGCCCAGAAUUCUGGCAUGGACGUUCACAGGAGCACAAGAAUCACACUGUUGUCAGAACACAGUAGGCUAACUGUGUAUAUGAUGCUGUGUUUUUAGUCUUCCAUCCACAGCUGUGGCCACAAGGAGAUACUUCCUCCUCUAAGAUCUUGUGUCCCCCUACACUGGGGGAGAGUAUAAAUAAAAUUUAUUAUUAUUACACCCUUUUUCAUGGGGACCACAGCUUAACAAAAUAGCGUACCAGACAGAGAGCAUGGUAGAUGUGCCAAAGGACCAGCUGUCAAGAGCUGUCUCCCUGAUUGCUUGGCUUCCUUUGGGUUUAUGAAAUAAUAUAUUUUACUCCUGUGCCCCAGCUGGGCAGUCAGACUGGUAGGUGGCACCAGUACAGGGUUUCACCUCCCCUCCUCCCUCGCCAUUGUGUGUUGCUUGAGUCAUAGAGACCGAGUUACUGAAUGCUUUCCUGUGUGGGCGGCACCUUGUUAGCCGCAGCGUUACUGUAAUUUGGAUAGUGUGGGUUAAUUAAUGUGGGCAGGAGUUUUUGAUACAAUCAUGGGUUUAUUUCCAGACCUGUGAAGUUGGAGCUGUUGCAGCCCUUACCUGCACCUUUCCAAAGAACAGUCAGAGGAGCAAAAGAGCUGUGCAGUCGUCAUGCUGGAGCAGGACUGGCUCCAACGACUGUUCUUCGGAAGGGUGCAGGUAGCUGUUGCUUCCUCUGGGAAAGAAGAUCCUGGUGUAGCAGUGUCCCUGUUUCUGCCCAGAUGGAUCAGCUGCAAAUGCCUCCCCGUUUCCCUGAAGACUGUGCUGUUGCCCGCAGUUAACCCUCUGGUCUCUCUAACCCAGCUGUGUGCCCAGAUCGAGCAGUUGGAGAAGGAGAACAAGAGUCUCCGGGAAGGGGGGCCAGCAGCCCCUGAAGGGCCCCCCCCAGCAAGUCCUGCGGAUGGGGAGCUGCUGAGGCUCCAGGCAGAGAAUGCUGCACUGCAGAAGAACAUGGCAGGUACCACUCUGCAUUGGGCUGGGCUUGCUCAGGAUCAACACAAGAAAGUCCGGGAAAUGGGGUUGGUUGGAUGCAGCGGAAGACCAACAAAGUGGAGCACCAAGAGCCAGGAGUGAACAUCUGGUGGCCUCUCGAUACUGUUGGGUUGUAACUUCCAUCACCCUCAGCAGUGAGUGGUCAGGGGUGUUGGGAGUUGGAGUCCAGCAACAUCUGGAGGGCUAUAGCUUCUCCAUCCCUGACCAUGUAUCUGUUAUAUAACCCAUGUGCAUGCUGAACUGUCCUCCCAGUCCUGUAUUUGUCAAGAUCAGGGGUCAACAACCUAAGGCCCAUGGGCCACAAGCGACCCAUGGGGGUGGUUUAACCAGCCCAAGAGCCACUCACGAACUGAGCCACCUGCUUGGCGAGUCCCCGCACUAAACCAGCACGGCGUGGUGCGGCAACUCGCUUCUGCGGUGCCAGAAAUCUUGUCUGCGCAGAUGCAGAUGUUGGAAAUCGCAGGUGUGCGCGCGAUCCAGCCCACAAAGGGAUCUCUGCUGUAGUGAACCAGCCCAGGCGAGGUAAACCUUGCCAACCCCUGGUCUAAAGAGAGUUCCUUGCCUGCAGCAGAACACACAAACCUGUGGUCCUCCAGAUAUUGUUGGACUAUAACUCCCAUCAUCCCUGAUCAUCGGCCGUGCUUUCUGGGGCUCCUUGGAGCUGGAGCCCAGCAACGCUUGGAGGCCAUAGGUUCUCUAGCUUCCUCCUGGGAGGUUGGAGCCUCCAGAGUUCAGAUCCUGUCUCAGAUCUGAAAUUGGGUGGUCUUGACUCUUGCCAGUCUUUCUCAGGCCCACGACUGUAGCGAUGGCAAAGCGCUUGGCACCAUUUUCAAAAGGCUGGUUUCCAAUAAUAAUUUUGCAGGGCAAAGGGGCACUGGUUGAGAUGGGGAUGGGGCUUUGGAGGCAAUCUGGGUUGAAUCUGGGGACCCACAGCGGCAGCUCUUGUUCCUCAGCUUUGCAGGAGCGCUAUGAGAAGGAAGUGGCCCGGCAGGGAGAAGACCGAGGUGGCGGGGAGGGCGACGCCUCUGUGGAGUCUCCUCCUGCUGGCCAGGCGGGUUCGGAGCCGCAGGCAGCUGACAGCAGCACCUCCCAGCAGCUCCUGUCCGAGGUGGAACUGAAGUGGCAGACAGAGCGGGAGGAGAAACGGCUCCUGAAGGAGCAGCUGCAGAGCCUCGAGGUGCGUGGGCGUGUGGAGGAGGCACCAUUGGGUUCUGCUGCCAUCCUCCUGCCAGCCUUUGGCUUCUAGCCAGGAGCGGCAGCUUGAGCUGGUCAAAAGCAGCCUGCAAGGAGAGCUGCUUCUUUUGCACCCCCUUCUGGAAUUCAGAUGCUCAGCAAAUUAAACCUAGUUCUGGUCUCCCCUCCAAAAACCCUUGCUGGAGAGCCCAGCCAGACAUGGCAGGGAGCUUGGGUUUCUGGGCCGAGGGCUACUGUUCAAGCCUUGUGCUGACCAAGGGAAAAGAUUAAGCAUUCCCCAGUUUUCUGCCAUCUACUCCCUGGCUAAGCAUCCCUGUGCCAACUGCGCUCCAGGGGAACUGGCCCUGAUCCGGGUGCUGCAAGUCAUUCAGUGUUUCUUCCCGGCUGUUGCGCACUUCCUCCUGUGCCCUGUUCUCACAGGGGCCAACCAGAGGUCUGUGGGAAGUGGGACCUUUCUCUCGGCUUGUGAUUGCCAGCAGCUGGUGUUCAGAGACCAAGAAGCCGCUAACAGUGGAGGCAGAGCUUAGCCAUCGUGGCGAGAAGCCGCUGAUAGCCCACUCUUCUAUGAAUUUGUCUAUAUUGGGGGCUGAGUCACUCUAGUUUCUUUUUUUUCCCCUUCAAAUUUUUUUAUUUUAUACCGCAACUUAACAACACAAACAGAAAAACAGACAAUACAAACUAAUUCUUGUCUUAUUCUUAUUUUUUCUAAACAUUGUUAGGUGAGCUUCCCCAAGUUCUCCCAUCUGAUUUUCAUUUUACCUCAUCUUUAGCAGUUUACAUAUAUCAUAAUUUUAAACCAUUUUUUAAAUCACACUUACUUUUACCAUGGAAAUCGUAACAUUUUAUCCCUUACAAGUAAUACUAUUUUAAAAUACACUGUGUUCUACUGCUAAUCCUACAGCCUAUAUCCAUUUCCAAAACUAUUCUGUAUUUUCAAAUAUUCUUUAAAUUUCUUCCAAUCUUCUUCCACCAUCUCUUCUCUCUGGUCCCGGAGUCUCCCAGUCAGUUCAGCAAGUUCCAUAUAGUCCAUCAUCUUCAUCUGCCAUUCUUCGAUACUUGGUAAAUCCUGUUUCUUCCAGUUCUUUGCUAAUAAAAUUCUCGCAGCUGUUGUGGCAUACAGAAAAAAAGUAGCACCCUUUUUGGGGAUUUCACCCCCGAGUCAGCCCUAGUUUUUUGGUGGUGGAAAUGAAGAGCGAAGGUCUUGCCCCUCUCUUGCUGCUGCACUAAGCCCCCUGUUCCCUUAUGGACCAGGCUUUGCCAACCAGGUGUGCUCUGAACGUUGUGGAUUACAGCUUCCCUUAGCCCCAGCCAGUACAGCUUGAUUGUGAAGGCUGUUGCAGACUUGGCAGGGGUGCUGGAAUGGUUUUCUGAGAGAGAGAGAGAGAGAGAGGGAGGAGAAGCACUCUGAACCCUGGAGAAAUGUGUACUUUUGUUUGCCUCCUGUAGGCAUGCAAGACGACAGAGAUGUCUCGGUUGCAGCAAGAACUCAGCAAGGUAAGGAGGAGAUGUAAACACCUGUGUGUGCUUUCCACUUCUUGUGGGCAGGGAAAGUGGAAUGGGUGGGCGGCAUGGAUGUUUUUGAGGGGCGGUCAUGGUUGCCAUUGGGAACUCACAGCCCAUUCUCUCCCCUGUACAGCUGGCUGAGAAGCUCAAGAAGAAACAGGAGAGGUAAGUUUCUUUCUUAUUAGCAGUCAGGACUUUCUGCCACACCCAGCUAAUAAGCGUGCUUCCUAUCAUUGGGCAUUGACACGGAGGAGUCAAUGCAGGGCUGAGUUUGUUCUGCAUCUUUGUAGAAUCUGGAAUCUGACAUUCUGCAACUGGUUUGAUUUGGGUUUAUAUAUAUGCAUAUUUUUAUUAUAUAUUCUCAUAUAACACUUCAACAGCAUAAAAUACAGUGGUACCUCGGGUUACAGAUGCUUCAGGUUACAGACUCCGCUAACCCAGAAAUAGUACCUCAGGUUAAGAACUGUGCUUCAGGAUGAAGCCCCAUUAGCUAAAGUGGUGCUUCAGGUUAAGAACAGUUUCAGGUUAAGAACAGAAUGAAUUAAGUUCUUAAUCCGAGGUACCACUGUACUGCGGGGGGAGUUCUUGCUGUGUUUAGGACAGUGUGUCCUUUUGGGAAACCUACCCUGAUGCAUGUGUUUAACAUUUCCCUCUGUCUUGCCUCCCCCCUUCUUAGCUUUCUGCGGCUUCAGACCGAAAAGGAAGCUCUCUACAAUGACAGCAGGUAUGGAGCGAGUUUCCUAGAGCAGGGUUUCCCAAACGUAGGUCUCUGGCUGCUUUUGGACCCUAGCUAGUGGUUCCCACAUACACACAGUGAUUGGAAACCCAGCCAGAUGGGUGGGGAAUAAAUAAUAAAUUAUUAUUAUUGGUUCACAGUUUGGACAAGGCCAUGGCAGAAAGUCCCCUGGGUGGAGCAAAGACUCCUGGAGGGGCAAAGUGAGCAGUAGGCAAUGGUGGAAGUCACUGCUGGUGGCUGCAGCCUUGACCAGCAGAAGACCACAAAAGGCUGAUGGCAUUAUGUAGCCUGGCAGGCUGGGACCAGGAAUAUGAGCUUGCGAGGGCCAGUCAAUGGGUGGAAUGAGCUGCGUCACAUGCCUGGUUGGGCUGGAGCAAAGGCACAUGGUCACAUACCCAGGAGUUCCAGGAACGUUCCUGCAUUGCACUGUGCCAGGAAAUGUUGCGUUCUUCCCAGCCUCCACCCAUAUUUUAUUGUGCUUUAUUUACCCAUUUUAAACCUUACUUCCACUCUGAGAAGAGUGCUUAAGGCAGCUUAACAACACGUUGCAAGCAAGGCAAAGAGCACAGGACACUCGUAGUGAUGCAACACGAUAUCGAACCGCAACCGGGCAACAUGCUGUGGUCAGAGAGGUUAAGGCUGCAACGCUAACCUCGCUGAAUUUGGGAGUAAGCCCCAGUGAAUUCGGUGGGACAACUUCUGAAUAGACAUGGUUAGAAUUGUGCAGGAACAGAACUGGGCAGAAAGCAAGCUGAAGGCUCACCUGAACAAGGAAGGUUUUCAGAGUGAGAUGGGGCGCGAGACAAGGGGUUUGUGCAGUCUGGGUGCUGCUGCGGAGAACUCCUGUUCUCUUGUAGCUGAAGGUGGCUUGACCAGUUUGUGGUAGGCUAACUAGCGCCUGCUGGUUGCUGGCAUAAGAGGUCCUGGAUCCUGGUCCAGCAAAAUGUCCCCAUAAAAAUGAGAUUGAAAUGGCUGUGAGAAUUACCAGUAAGAGGGGAAAUGGGUGCAUUUUGUUGAAGCCCCUUCCCUCUGUUAGUAAGCCCUCUUGUCCGCCUUUCAGGACCAAAAUUGAGGAGAUCCAACAGCGGAAGGAGGAUGAACUCAAAUCCCUGCAGGUUCGCAACCAGAAGCUGCAGCAGGAGCUCCAGACAGCAAACCAGGUGAGAGUUGCCUUCCCCUUCCUUUGGAAAGGAUGAGCUCCAGAUUUAGCUCUGCUCAGGGCACGAGUUCAUUGGUUGCCCCUCAUGGUUCAGAAAUAGAGUUCAGGGCCUUUAUUUCUUCAGCUGGAAAACCUGUUGAUAGAAGUGUUUCAAAGCUCAGCCUAGCUCCUCACCUCUGUAUCUGUUUCUCUACAUCCACCCACCCCAUCCUCAGUUCUGAAAUCUACAUUUGGCAUAAUUGUGGCCUAGCAUGGAUAAAGGUGUAUCUUUAUUGCUAUGAUGAACUGCCGCAGGAAUCCUAGAAAUUGUGGUUCAAUGAGAGAGCUGAGGAUCUUCACCAGAACAUUCCUAGCAUCUCACUAAAUAACAGUUCACAAAUUCCUUGGUUUGAGGACAGCUAUGACUGACGUAGGGGAGGUGGGUGGCGCUGUGAUCUAAACCACUGAGCCUAGGGUUUGCCGAUCGGAAGGUCGAAAGCACAUCAAAGUGCAAGUAGAUAAAUAGGUACCGCUCCAGCGGGAAGGUAAAUGGUGUUUCCGUGCGCUGCUCUGGUUUCGCCAGAGGUGGCUUAGUCAUGCUGGCCACAUGACCCGGAAAACUGUCUGCGGACAAACGUUGGCUCCCUUGGCCAGUAAAACGAGAUGAGCGCCGCAACCCCACAGUCAUUCGCAACUGGACUUAACUGUCAGGGGUACUUUAUCUUUUUUUUUAUGACUGACGUACCAUAAAUAAGCCCAGAUAGAACAACCUUAAAAACAACAACAUUAAAAUGGGAAAGGCUAGAAUAUAUCAUUUCUAUCUCUUUUCUGUUUUGCUGUGAGCCAGAUUCCUACUUAUCUACAUAGUCCUUAUUGGUGAACCACCUGUAUAUCGGUGACUGGUAUGUUGAUGAAAUCUUCCCCUGAAUCUCACUGCCUGAUCAGAUUGUUCCUCGCUUCACAGGGCUUCUCAGAUUUAAAGGACCAACUGCAGAGCCGUCGGAAAGAGCAUGAGGUGGCCUUGCAGGCCCUACAGGACCAAGUGAGUUCCCUCUGCCCCACACUCUCUUUGUUGAGAAACUCUGGUCUGUAUCAAACUUUAUUGGCAAGGCAUAAAUCCCUUUUAUUAUGGGUCUGUGCCAGGGGUCAGCAAACUUUUACAGCAGGGGGCUGGUCCACUGUCCCUCAGACCUUGUGGGGGGCUGGACUAUAUUUUUUGGGGGGAAAUGAAUGAAUUCCCCACAAAUAACCCAGAGAUGCCUUUUAAAUAAAAGGACACAUUCUACUCAUGUAAAAAAAAAACCUGAUUCCCGAACCGUCCAUUCGCCGGAUUUAGAAGGCGAUUGGGGCGCAUAGUUUGCCUACCCAUGUUUUAUACAGAGUAAAUAACCUCUCCAUUUGAGCAUGUAUCUUUGUCUUAUGGUAAGAAAUUAUUUUAUUUUUUUGCUGGGAUGGGUAGGGCAGAACUACUUGACAUCAACGUUUGACAUCAAGAAAAUGGAAUUCUGUGUCCUGCAUUUUGCAUAAUUUUGCUUCUGGUCCCAAAAUUUGUUGGGAGCCGCCCAGAGUGGCUGUGGUAACCCGGUCAGAUGGGUGGCAUAUAAAUAAUAAAAAUAUUAUGGCUACUAUUAUUUAAAAAGUCUCAAACCCCUGGUGAGUUAGGAACUUGCCCUGCAUGUGAAGACAGGCUUUGGAAAGAAGGAGGGAGUCCCAGCCAAAGAAGAAUGGAUACAAAAACUUAUGGAAUAUGCAGGAAUGGCAAAACUUAUUGGAAAAAUAAGAAAUCAAGAUAACGAACUUUGUAUAUAAGAAUGGAAAUGGUUUAUUGAAUAUUUACAAAUAAAUUACAAACAGAUAAGAACAUUGGUGGGAUUAUUGUAAUAACCUGCAGUUUUAUAAGAGUAUAUAUUUAAAGUAGAUGAAUAAAUGAGUAAAUUAAGUUAAUUUGGAUGCGCAGAAAAUAUAAGAAAUUUAAGGAACCGCAGAAAGAGGGGGAAGGAAGUCAAGUUUUGAAAUGUUAAAAUGAUUAUAAAAUUAUUGAAAUGUAAAAAAGAAAGAAAGACAGUCUCUGGCAGAUGGAGCAGACAAGAACAAUAGUGGUUUUUAAUGGUCAAGAAAGGGGUUUCUGCACAUGCUGUAGAGGGAAGUGAUGGGGCUCUUCAACCUGAGAAGAAAGCCCGUCUAGGAGAAGGAAAACUCUGAUCCUAAACCUCUGCUACCAUGCGGGAUAUCUUUGAGAGGCAAUCUGCUAUUUGGGCUACCUGCCUGAUUGUGAAUUGUGUUGGAGAGAGGAUUCCCCUCUAAAGGAUUGUGCUUUACUUUUAGUUACUGUUUUCUGAUCUGUAACGCCCACAGGGGAUUUCUUGUUCUAAAUGUUCACUUUCACUUCCUCCCUCCUCCAUCUUGAGCUCCUUCAAAGGAUGUUUUACAUCUAUCUUAAAAAUCCCAUUGCUUGUUCAUUUUCAUGGUGCAUUCUACAUUUCUCGUGUUCUAAAAUCAGAGCAUGAAAUGUAAAAAUGUGUAAAAGCUAUGGAGCAGGGCAAGUUCUGGAGCAAAGAACUAUAUUAUGAGUUUAUAACAUUGAGAAUAUAUGUAGAGUUAAUCUAGUGCCCCCAUGGUUCCUUCCCUGCCAAAAAAUGUUGAAGUGUGAACAUUACAAAUUGUGUGCUAGAAAGGUACAGCUCAGAUUCUGUACCAGGGAAACUGGAUUUUGAAGCUUGCAUAGAGUGUGCCAAUUUGUAUAGUGGCCCACCUCAAAUCUGGUGUUAGCGUUUGGUUGCAAUCAAUAAUGGGGACGCUUUCCUGGUGUGUGGACUCAGUGUAUGUCCCACCAUGCAAGUUCGUUGCACUGGGCUUAUCAUACACUAACCACUGGAAAUCCAUCUCCAGCUUUUGAGAUUUCACCAGUCAUUGCCCAUAUACUUUUACACCAAGUUUUACAGUCUAAAGACCCAGGUUUUUAUUUUUAAGGAAAGAAUUCUAUACCAGUUUCUGUGUGGCACAAACAUUGGAUUGUGGAGCAUGUAGCUUUGGAUGUGGCCUGAAAAACUGCUGGGGCUUAGUUUGAUCUGCCCCUAGGCUUCCCAGACUUGAAUUGGGGGCUCAUAAGAGAGAGAGAGAGAGAGAGAGAAACCAAAGAAAAGCUUUGCUUUGGGUAGGCUUUUCUUCUUCAUAAGUGAGUUGAAAUUGAUAGUUGUGUUAGAGAGGAGAAGGACCUGAAGGAUUUCUGCUACUGGUUAGAGUGGCAGAGUAAAUCCUGGAAGUUUUCUCCCUUCUCAAACGGAGUAGAUACUAGCUCACUAAUCUUGAGCCAUCUGGAUUGCUUUAUACAAUCCAUCUGGAUCAGCUUAGAAGAUGACUUGCCUAUUAAAACUGUACAGGGUGCCUCUUCUACAGAGCACUGUUGGCAAGGGGAUCUGGGCCAGGGGGUGGUUUUGUCAGGAAUCAACUGGAGGGUUUGUUUUCUAACCUCAGGUUACUGGGAGGUGUGGGGUUGGGGGUUGAGUCAGGAUGUGGAACAGAGCAGGUGGAGGCUCAGCCUUAUUUAUCAGGGAAAGGCAAUUAGCCAGACUCCUGAAGGUAAAGGGACCCCUGACCAUUAGGUCCAGUUGUGGCCGACUCUGGGGUUGCGGCGCUCAUCUCGCUUUAUUGGCCGAGGGAGCCGGUGUACAGCUUCCGGGUCAUGUGGCCAGCAUGACUAAGCCGCUUCUGGUGAACCAGAGCAGCGCACAGAAACGCUGUUUAACUUCCCGCCGGAGUGGUACCUAUUUAUCUACUUGCACUUUGACGUGCUUUCGAACUGCCAGGUUGGCAGGAGCAGGGACCGAGCAAUGGGAGCUCACCCUGUUGCGGGGAUUCGAACCGCCGACCUUCUGAUCGGCAAGUCCUAGGCUCUGUGGUUUAACCCACAUCGCCACCCGCUCCCUACAUAGGAAGGUACCUUAUACCAAGUCACACUUCUGGUCCACAUCACUCAGUCUUGUCUGCAGUGAUUGGCAAUGGCUCUCCAGGGUUUCAGACAGGGGAUUUUCCAGCCCUAACUUGAGAGGUCAGGGAUUGAAGCUGGAACCUUUGCAGGCAAGCAGAUGCCCCGGCCCUGAGCCAUAAUGUGGAGGGCCUGUCUCGCGCUUGCCAGCUCCCCUCCAUAACCUCCUUCUCGACCCCUCCUAUCUUACCAUCCAGCAAUAUUUUCCCCUUCGUGUUUUGCUUUCACGUUUCUUUUCCUAGGCCUCUUUUCUUCCUAAGAGGUUUCCCCUCCCCCUCUUCAUUUGCAUUUAUCAACACUCCUCCUUUUUCUAAAUAUGCCUUGUGCUUAUUUUGAGUCUUUAAUAACAGUGCCUUGUCUCAAUAACUAUGUGUACGAAACAUGUUUUGUUUUGUUGGUCUCUUUGAAAUUUGCAGUUCGUGUUGAUUUCCCCUCCUCAUUUGGUUUUAAAGCAAAGGAAACCUGCUUUUUCUAUUAAAAGCAACAACAACCCCCUAUUGCAAUACUGCUGCCUCCGUGUUCUGCUUUGUAUUUUUAAUCCCUUCUCUCCUUUUUCUCCUGCUUUGGUCUUUCUUUCUUUCUUUCUUUCUUUCUUUCUUUCUUUCUUUCUUUCUUUCUCCCUGUCUCCCUCUGGUCCCUAUCCUUUGCCCAUCCUGUGCUUCGUUGGGCAUCAGGUUGCUUGCCAAAGUGCGGAGAGCCAGGAACAGGUUGAGACCAUUCUGUCUGAGAACGAUGCUCUGAGAACCAAUCUGGCAGCGUUAGAACAGGUACCAGGCCCUCUGCGGAUGCAAGCGCUCAAGAGGGUGGUAUAGGGUGGCAGCGGAAGCUGGGAUGGGAAAGACCAAGGCUGGCAAUUUUUAACAGGUGUGUGCAUGCACACAUACAUGUGCACGCACCCUGUUUUCAGCUCCAGAGCUCUGAGGCCCCAUUUGUACUAUACAGUUAAAGCAGCAUCAUGCCGCUUGAAACAGUCACCGCUUCCCAAAGAAUCCUGGGAAUUGUAGUUUGUUAAGGGUGCUGAAUGUUGUUAGGAGACCCCUGUUCCCCUCACAAUUCCCAGAUUGGUUUAACAGCCGGUCCCUCUUGGCAAGGAACUUUGGGGAACCUGUGGCCCUCCAGAUCCCAGAAGGCCAAGCGUGACUUGGGUGGGUGUACAGUCUACAAGGCAUCCUGUGGUUUCCUCAAAAUGACCCGAGCCUCCUCUCUUCCCCACCUGCACCCUCUCUCUCACCAUGUAGAUACAGACCUCCAAGACCCAAGAGAUGAAUCUGAUGCGAGAUCAGGUGGCGGCACUGGGGGCUGAGCUGCAGCAGCGGCAGAGCGAGAAGGAGGUGCUGGCGGCCCAGCGGGAGGACCUCAACACUCAGCUGCAGGUAGGCCCAAGGUUCUGUUGAUCCUCCCAGGCCUUUCCAGAGGCCCCCAGGGGCGUCUGCUGCAUCAUACGGGGUCAGCUGACCCACUUUGCAUAUUCAGGAGGGGAGGGAAGAAGCACAUCUCAGCACACUGCAUUUCCUUCCUCCCACCACCCUUGGGGCACGCUAUGCAAAAUGGCCAGUUUUAGAACGUUUGCCGUUCAGAUUGCAACGACAGCAAGAAGGUAGAAAGAAGGCUCGGGUCCUGCUUCGCUGCCCAAAAGUUUGUUUCCAUGACUUAUUAAUUUUCUCCUCUACUUUCAUUUUAUCUCUUUAUAGUACCCCUUCCUGCUUCUAGUUCCCCACCCUGGCCAUAUCUUUUCCUUCCUUUCAACUAUUCCUUUGGGUGCUCAGUCAAUUUUCUCUCCUCACCUUCACCACCCUUCCUUCUGUUCCAGAUGAAACAUUUCACCGACGUUUCGGUGCUGGACUUUGUCUCUAACUUCUUUUUAAGUGGUGGGUGCAAAACGGUGGUUCAAGUAUAUUGAGGGAUCACUUAACAAAAAUGACUUGGUUAAGUUUCGUUUGCCUAUGUUGGAAAAAGUUCCACCCUUUUUUCACUCUUAACUUGGAUGGUGAGCACAAAAGGGUAUUUAAAGUUCUUAGCAUGUACAUGAAGUGCUUGUGGCCGGGGCGGGGGGCAGAUGAGUGUUCAAAGUGCACCAUGUGACAGAACUGGGGUGCUGAGGAAAUAACGUGGGGGACGGGGAAGGGCCUUGCUCUACAGCCAUCUUAAUUUUCUCCCUUAGGAGUCUCUCCGGGCCAACACUCGUCUCCUGGAGCAGCUACAAGAAAUAGGACAGGAGAAGGAGAGAUUGCUACAAGACCUUGAUGAAACCAGAAAGGUGAGGAGUUUGGGGGCAGGAAGGAGGGAGGGGCAGGUAGUGGAUUUAAUUCUGUUUGGCACCCAGUUUAGCUGAAGAAACUCGCCACUUCACUUUGGACUCUGGCCACAUUCAGAUGUAGCUUCAAACCAUGGUGCAGAACACAGAGUCUGAGGCUCGUGUGUUACUUCUUCCUCCCCCCUUUGCACCAGGGUUUCUGAACUGACACUCACCCCAAUCAUCAGCAAAACCUGGCUUGUUGUUGUGUCUGAAUAUGGCAUGCUAUGGCUUCCUCAAACCAUAAAGGUAAAGGGACCCCUGAUCAUUAGGUCCAGUCAUGACCGAUUCUGGGGUUGCAGUACUCAUCUCGCUUUAUUGGCCGAGGGAGCCGGUGUACAGCUUCUGGGUCAUGUGGCCAGCAUGACUAAGCCGCUUCUGGCGAACCAGAGCAGCGCACAGAAACACUGUUUACCUUCCUGCCAGAGUGGUACCUAUUUAUUUACUUGCACUUUGAUGUGCUUUGUAACUGCUAGGUUGGCAGGAGCAGGGACCGAGCAACGGUAGUUCACCCCGUCUUGGGGAUUCAAACUGCCAACCUUCUGAUCGGCAAGUCCUAGGCUCUGUGGUUUAACCCACAGCGCCACCCGCGUCCCUUUCCUCAAACCAUAUUGUCAGGGAACUGCCAUCAGUGCCGGAGGGAGAGAGCAAAAGCCAGAGGGAUUCCAGAGAGCGUCCAGGGAUUGGGAGAAGCAGCCCAUCUUCUGGGGAAGAGAAUCAGCGUAGCACCAGUGGAGAAGGGGGGCAGAUGGGGGAAGCGGUGAGGUGGUCCCAUGACUCCUUGCCGGGGACCAGGGGGAGAGUAGGGGUCCUCCGCUGCCUACGCCCUCCUUGCGCUGAAGGCUUUUGCGCAGAGAGAGUAGGAGGAGACAAGGCGUCAAAGAGCUGCUUUGCUGGAAGAAGUUUAAGAAAUGCCCACUGACGGAUUCUGCCAGCGAUUGAGUCAGCCACGGGUGAGUGGCUGUCCGGACAGAAAAGGUUCACUUAGGCAACCCAGCCAGGUGUUUGCACCGGCUUACGCACGAGCAACCCCUAGAACCACUACACAUAUUUUGCCCUGAAUUCUGAUUUUCAAAAGGCAAGUAAGAGAUCAGUUCCAGAAAUCCCCAGGUCUGUGAUGGGAGGAGUGAGUCUGUGGGUCUGAGGCUCAGCUUUGCUCAUGCAUGGAACACCGAACAAUAGUUUGCUCUGUCUCUUGAUACGGCCAGCCUGUUACCUGCCUUAAACAAGACACAGAUUGGAUUCCAUCCGCUCUCAAGCAUUUUGAAAACCCACAGCUGAUGGGACUGGAGGAAAGUGAAAGACAAGGGAGAAGAGGAAUUCGGGCAGGGAAUGGUAGCUUUGAGAACUUGCGGUGAACUGUAGCGGUUCCUGCUGACUCAUGAAAGCCUACUGAAUUCUGCCUGGUUUCCAGGCUUUCUUGAAAAACUGGCUUAUAAGUAUAAAACCAAAUUUACUAGAUUAAUAGCUAGAAUAGAGAUAGACUUGUAACCAUUCAAGCAACAAACAUACUAAGGUGCCAUGUGCAAGACGAAGCCUGGAAAUACUGUAAACAUGGAGUGGAUAAAUGUACAACUCUAUCUUAACAAGUUCCAUGUGCAAUAAACGUUAUACAGACUGGAUAAAUGAACCGUUCAACAAGUAGCGUAAGUGCAAUCACAGAAUGGCAACCCCGUGCCGCCACAAUGGCAAGGGUAGCCCACUGGAGAAUAUGAAGAAAUUUUUCAAAGCUGUUUUUGAAAGAUUGAACUGGAUGAGAUGUUCUUCAAUGGGUCUUGAGUUGGAAACACAAAGCCGUAUGCAUGGAUCAGUCACAGGAAGGCAAAUCAAAGCUACCACCCUGGUGAGAAUAAUGCAAAUGGGCAAAAGGAGACCUGUUCUCCGGAUAUAUUACAGGUUUCGCUACACGCUUCAUCAGUCCGAAAAGCUGCAUGAUACAAAAUAGUACUCCAAUUCGUACUCCCUACCUGCCCGCGGACUGUCUCGCCAGAGUGUUGCAUGUUCUAGUUAUCUCCCACUUGGACUACUGCAACGCGCUCUACGUGGAGCUACCUUUGAAGGUGACCCAGAAACUGCAAUUAAUCCAGAAUGCGGCAGCUAGACUGGUGACUGGGAGUGGCUGCCGGGACCACAUAACACCAGUCCUGAGAGAUCUGCAUUGGCUCCCAGUACAUUUCCGAGCACAAUUCAAAGUGUUGGUGCUGACCUUUAAAGCCCUAAACGGCCUCGGUCCUGUAUACAUGAAGAAGUGUCUCCACCCCCAUUGUUCAGCCUGGACACUGAGAUCCAGCGCCGAGGGCCUUCUGGCGGUUCCCUCGCUGUGAGAAGUGAGUUUACAGGGAACCAGACAGAGGGCCUUCUCGGUAGUGGCGCCCACCCUGUGGAACACCCUUCAGAUGUGAAGGAAAUAAGCAGCUAUCCUAUCUUUAAAAGACAUCUGAAGGCAGCCCUGUUCAGGGAAGUUUUUAAUAUUUAACACUGUACUGUUUUUAACACUUGAUUGGGAGCCGCCCAGAGUGGAAGGCGUGUGGUCUGUGUUUUCAUUGUCCUAUAUCUUCUGCCCGAAGGCAACAGUUCAAAGAAGUUGUGAGCAGGAUGGGUGGGAUCUCUCAGGAUAUUGUGUGACUUCUUCAAAGUGCGAGACGUGAAGAUCUCAUCCAGGGUUGGUAGUUGGAGCCCAAUAACAUUCUGGGCAAUUUUAAUUAUUCUCUGUAAAGCUUUUUAUCCGUUUCAGAGCUGCUCCCAUACCACGAUAAUAUACUAUAUGUUAAGACACUCUCGAUGGUACUGUGAUAAUAGGACAGAAGUAGGUGCUGAGAUAGAUUCAGUCCCCUGAGCAUUCUCAGGAAAUACAACCCCCCUGCACCUUCCUCACAACCAUAUUAAUAUUUACAGUCCAUGAGAGGUCCUCAGAGAUGUAAGUGCCCAGGUAUUUAAAACUACCAACCCUCUCCACCUCCUCGCCAUUUAUGUGCAAUGGUAAAAAUACGCUUUUCUUUCUCCUAAAGUCAAUUAUGAGUUCUUUGGUUUUUUGGUGUUAAGCAUAAGAUUGUUUUCUUUACACCAUUGAAUUAACCCCUGUACUUCUUUCCUAUAAGCAGUCUCAUCGUUCUCACUAAUGAGCCCCACCACUGUUGUAUCAUCCGCAAAUUUGAUGAUUGUGUUGGACUCAUACAGUGGGUGCAAUCAAAUGUGUACAGGGAAUAGAGAAGGGACUUAGCACACAUCCCUGAGGGGCUCCUGUGCUUAAUACUAGAGUAGAAGAAUAGUAAGGGCCCAUUCUCACUGUCUGCGGCCUAUCAGUCAGGAAAUUCCUUACCCACAGACAGAUCUUCUGAUGUAUACCCAAAUUGGUCAUUUUAAGAAAUAACCUGUCUGGCAGAAUUGUAUUGAAGGCAGAACUGUAGUCCACAAACAACAGCCUUGCGUAGGUUCCCUGUCGUUCUAGAUGACUCAGUACAGUAUGGACAGCGAUGGAAAUAGCAUCAUCAGUAGAUCUAUUUCUUCUGUAUGCAAACUGGAACGGGUCUAGAGUGGAUGGAAGACCAGCCUUAAUAUGAUCUAGCACCAAUCUCUCAAAACAUUUCAUAACGACAGAUGUUAAGGCUAUUGGUCUAUAGUCAUUGAGAGAUACCACCACUGACUGCUUGGGGACUGGCACUAUAAUCGAUGUCUUCAGGCAGGUAGGGACAGAACCCUGCAACAGGGAUAGAUUAAAAAUGUCCGUAAACACACCAGCUAAUUCUGCAGCGCAGUCCCUAAUAGCCCGUCCCAUGAUUCCAUCCGGUCCAGCUGCCUUCCUAAUGUCAAUGCUCCGAAAGGCACGUUGUACGUCAUCAGGUCUGUAAUAAAAAUGGUUGUCUAUCAGUAGUAGUUUCUGAUGAUGUGCUGGUAGCCAAUGCUGUAGUGACGGUAGUUCCAGUUCCCACCUCAAGGCGACUAAAAAAUUGAUUCAGUUGAUCAGCCAGGUGCGCACUGCUGCUAGCCAGUUCGUUUUUAAUAUUUUGCCCUGUAAUUUGUCGCAGGCCUUGCCAUACUCGACGAGGGUCGGAGCUCUCAAAAUGUUUUUCGAUCCUCCGGCAGUACAUAGCUUUGGCGUUCCUAAUGCCCUUUUCAAUUUGGCUCUGGCUUCUCUAUACUGUUGCGCAUCACCAGAGUGAAAAGCAGCAUUUCUUGCCUUUAACAGAAGAUACACAUCCCUGUUUAGCCAGGGCUUGUUGUUAGGGAACACCCGUAUUUGUUUGGUGGUAGUGACAACAUCAAUGCAGCUUUUAACGUAGAACAGUACUGUUGAAGCGUAUGUGUCCACAUUAUUCUCCACAAAGAGCGACCACUCGGUGCUCCGAAGCAAUCUUGAAGUUGCUCAGAUGCACCUACUGGCCACACUCGUAUCUCUCUAGUUGAUGGUCUAAUUCUGCGUACGAGAGGUCUAUAUGAUGGUAUCAUAAGUAAAGAUAUGUGGUCUGACUGCCCCAAAUUGGGCAAGGGCUUGGUCUUGUAUCCAUGCAUGAUGUUACUAUAUACUCGAUCCAGGGUAUUUCUCCCCCUAGUGGGACAAUCAACAUACUGGUGGAACUUAGGGAGCACAGUUCUUAAAUCGGCUCGGUUAAAAUCACCAGCAACCACAAAUGCUCCAUCCGGGUGGGCCCGCUGCUGUCUGCUAAUAGCAGUUAGCAGGUGGCCCAUAGCUGUAGUAGUGUUUGCAUCGGGAGGUAUAUACACCGCUGUUAUUAUAACAACAUUAAACUCACGUGGCAAAUAAAAAGGGCGGCACUUCACCACUAGGUACUCCAAUUCAGGAGAGCAAUGCGUGUCCUGGGGUGGCUGGGGAAACUCAGCCAGAUGGGCGGGGUAUAAAUAAUAAAUUACUGUAUUAUUAUUAUUAUUAUUAUUAUUAUUAUUAUUACAAUGUGUGGUAAACCAUAAAAAUUAGAAAAUAUCAGUCUCAUAAGAGUGCUCUGACUUGUGCCUGCUUUCUAGACGGCAGAGAAGCGCAAGGCCAUGCUAGAUGAGAUGGCCAUUGAGACCCUGCAGGAGAAGGGGCGCCACAAGGAAGAGCUGGGCAACCUCCGCCUGCAGCACGAGAAAGAGGUGCUCGCUGUGCGUGCGCGAUAUGAGCGGGAGCUGAGGGAGCUGCAUGAGCACAAGAAACGGCAGGAGGAUGAGCUGCGUGGCCAGCUGAAGGAGGAGAAGGUACUGGUCAAAGGAGCUUGGGUGCCUGGGCCUGGUCUUCCCAUCAAGAUGGGCAUGUUCAGGUCUUAAGGACUAGAACCUUAGUAUAUCUUCUUUCAACGAGAGCUGAGGUUUUCAGCAGGCUGAAUUUCUGUGCCUUCCAUCUGUAGGUACGAGGGUCCUAUAUGGCCUAGGACCCUCGUACCUAUGGGACCGCCUCUCCUGGUAUGUCCCAUGGAGGACCUUACGGUCUUCAAAUAAAAACAUCUUGGAGAUCCCGGGCCACAGGGAGGUUAGGCUGGCCUCAACCAGAGCCAGGGCUUUUUUUCGCCGUGGCCCCAAUCUGGUGGAACGCUCUGUCACAAGAGACUAGGGCCCUGCGGGACUUGACAUCUUUCUGCAGAACUCUAGCCCAAUGGUUGCCAUUAAUUUGAUUCUGAAUUGAUUUUAGAAUGAAUUGAUUUUAGAAUGUAUUUCAAUUAAUAGAUUGUGAUUUUGUGUAAACUGUGUUACUUUUACUGUUGUUAGCCGCUCUGAGCCCGGCUUUGGCUGGGGAGGGCGGGAUAUAAAUGAUUUAUUAUUAUUAUUAUUAUUAUUAUUAUUAUUAAAUUUGAAAAGCAUUGAUUCGACUCACAAUGCCGUUGCGGUGAGAGAAUACGCACAGCAAAGGCCACACAGUCCUUUGCAAUGCUGUAAGUUCUUGCUCUCAAAAACCACCUCCUAGGUUCUGCUUCAUGCCAGCAUCAGUUUCUAGAAUGACCAGGAAAUGGAACUUGGGGGCAGACCUUGGUAGGAAGGUUGGGGAGGGGGUAGGCUUAGCUCCUGCCCCGUCAGUGUCCCUUGAUACAACCUUUUCUUACCCCCUCAGUGCAAGUGAAUGAUUGCCAUUUUGCCCCAAAGUUCAAAGUAAAGUUUCUUCCUGUUGCAACAGGAGCAAAAUUUGUCACCUGCUCACCACAGGAGGCAUAAUCUUGUACAUAAAAUGUGCAGAGGCAUCUUGCCUACCUCCUCCCACUCCAGUAUACCUGUAGGAGCGUCUCCACCCCCAUCAUCCAGCCCAGACACUGAGGUCUGGCACUGAGGGCCUUCUGGCGGUUCCCUCGCUGUGAGAAGUGAGGUUACAGGGAACCAGGCAGAGGGCCUUCUCGGUAGUGGCGCCUGCCCUGUGGAACGCCCUCCCAUCAGAUGUCAAGGCAAUAAACAACUAUUUUACUUUUAAAAGACAACUGAAGGCGGCCCUGUUUAGGGAAGCUUUUAAUUUCUGAUGCUGUAUCGUUUUUAAUAUUCAGUUGGAAGCCAACCAGAGUGGCUGGGGAAACCCAGCCAGAUGGGCGGUGUAUAAAUAAAUUAUUAUUAUUAUUAUUAUUAUUAUUAUUAUUAUUAUUAUUACAGUGGUACCUCAGGUUACAUACGCUUCAGGUUACAGACUCCUCUAACCCAGAAAUAUUACCUCAGGUUAAGUACUUUGCUUCAGGAUGAGAACAGAAAUCGUGCUCUGGCGGUGCGGCAGCAGCAAGAGGCCCCAUUAGCUAAAGUGGUGCUUCAGGUUAAGAACAGUUUCAGGUUAAGAACGGACCUCCGGAAUGAAUUAAGUACUUAACCUGAGGUACCACUGUAUUAUUAUAACAUACAGCCUUUCUUUCACCCCUUCCCUUGCUCACCUGUGAUAGAGAUGGCCAUUUUGUUAGCAAAUGGUAGUGUGUUCACUUCCUCUACACUGCCCUUAAAGGCCCAGUGCCUGUUUUCUGUGCUGAUCUUUUGUUUGUGCUAAUUCCCCUGGGAUUACUGCCUGCAUCUGGGAUAGCUCAGUUAGUAGAGCAUGAGACUCUUAAUCUCUGGGUCGUGGGUUCGAUCCCCAAGCUGGGCAAAAGAUUCCUGCAUUGCCGAGUUGAUAACUCUCAGGGUCCCUUCCAAGUCUCCAAUUCUAUGAUUGUAUCCCUUUCUCUUCACCCUUCAGGCGCGCAGUCAGGAACUGGAGUCCAUGCAGCAAACCGUGGAAGAGCUGCGCCUCCAAAUACAGUCCAUGGAUGGCACAAAGGGCUGGUUUGAACGGCGGCUGAAAGAGGCGGAGGUGACUGGACCCCCCUUCCCCUUAGUGACAUGUCACAGGGCAGAACUGGCGUACCCUACCAGAGGGCCAGUAGGACCCAAACGCUUGGUUCCUGCCCCCCCAAGCCUUCCUGCCCUGCUCCAGGGAUCUGAUUGUUCCCAUCCUCUUUCCCAGGAGCUGAUAGAGAAGCAUCAGCAAGAGCACGCAGAGGCCAUGCGAGUCUGUAAGGAGCAGCAUGUGGCUGACUUGCAGGUACCGGAAAUAUGGCAGUGAUCCACUCUGGCCAUUGAGCUGCUUCCACAGUCUUGUGGGAGGCUAGUGAACUCAGGUGAUGCCGUUGGCGGACGCUCCUCUUUGACUUCUACUCUCCAGCAGCCGCCUUGAUGCAGACCGUGUGGGUUACCCAAUCCCAAUUAAACUUUUUAUUGCGCUAGCCGUAGGCCAUGGCAUCAUUCAGAAGGAGAACAACAAGAAAAACAACAAUAACCAUAAAAAUCACAGGGCGCCACACAUACAAUAAAACCAUGGUCACGGCUACUAAAAUUAUUUGUUGCAUUAAAUAGAAUAGAGUAGCAGAAGAUUCUCAGGUAAGAUGUGCCAAAUUAAAUAUCCGAAUCCCCUUUGCAGUUGACCGCUAUUUUAUCUUGUUCCUUCUUCCUGAUCUUCUUAGCUGCCAGAGCAUAGAGUGCUACUUUAUAAGUAACAAAGUUGUCGGUGUCGCUCAGCAGCCAUUUCACCCUAUUCUAUAUGCAAUAAAUAAUGGCCCAGGUAUGUGUGGGUUACCCUGUGGCAGGAAGUUGAUGGGCGGAGUGUCUCUGGUGUGGACCAGCCGUUCGAUGCAAUGGAUUUCUCACUAAUUAGGAGGUGUCAGCAGACUUUUUCAGCAGGGGGCCGGUCUACUGUCCCUCAGACCUUGUGAGGGGCCGGAUUAUAUUUUGGAGGGGGGGAAAAAGAACGAAUUCCUGUGCCCCACAAAUAACCCAGAGGUGCAUUUUAAAUAAAAGCACACAUUCCACUCAUGUAAAAACACCAGGCAGGCCCCCACAAAUAACCCAGAGAUGCAUUUUAAAUAAAAGGACACGUUCUACUCAUGUAAAAACAUGCUGAUUCCCGGACCGUCCGCGGGACGGAUUGAGAAGGCGAUUGGGGCACAUCCAGACCCCGGGCCUUAGUUUGCCUACUCAUGAAUUACAGCAACUGGACGGUGAAGCUCAGUUAUUCAGAUGACCAGUAGCAUGCCUCUUUCACCCUCUUAUUUAUUUAACUAUUGCUGCAGUCAUUCAAAAAAUGUUUUUUAUACUGCCCUUCAUCAAAAUGGAUCUCGGGGCAAUUUGCAAUAAUAGAAACAGGGUGGGGACCCAAAUUUAAAAUGCAACCACCUGAAACAGAACAACACAUAAAAGAUCAGAAAGCAUACUUUAAAACACAUGGAUGAAUCCCCGAAGCUAAAACAUUGGCAUUCGGCGGAGGGGAGGAAAGUGGUGGUGGGUGGGUUCUCUUUUGAUAUCUUUUUGCUUCUGCUCUUUGAUUUGGAGUUUUUGAUGAUUUUGAGAUGUCUGCUGGUCAAAUGGGCAGGGGGAAAUGACUGGGGGUUCAGGUUUAAGUGUGGUCCCGUUUUCUUCUCCCUCAAGUGCCUCCUUCUCAGCCACUGGCAUUUUUUAAACCAGCAACAAUUGCAGGGUUGGGAAAAUCCCAUAUCUGCUCCCCAAUGCCUGCUCUUGGGUCUUCUCCUCUGCAGCUAAAGGACCGUGAGGUGGAAGCAACCAAGGAGAAGCUGCAAGAGAUUGAAAGAGCGAAGGAUGAACACUUGGACACAAUCAGCCGACUGAAACAGGUGUGUGUGUGUUGCUGCCUGCCAGCUUCCCCCAGGAACAGGUGCUUGGCAGUAUGAGGUUCCUGGGUCCACCUGUUCCCUUCCCUCCUGACGGGUUCGCCCAUCUGCCGGAUUGUGCCUCUUUUCUUUCCAGCAUGCUUGCAGUGUCUGGCACAGAUAGGCAGGUGGUGCUGUCCCACUCCAAGUCACAUAUCCAGACUGGACUUCUGCAGAUCCUGCUCAAUGAGUCCCGGUUCCCUGUCUGGUGCUCUAGGUGGAAAGUGCCCCGUGCUACGUUUGAGUGUAGCAGAGAUCCUUGGGUCUGGGUCCCUUGGAUCUCUCUUCAGAUGCCUCACCAGUCUUUUUAUCCCAUUUAUCCUAGUUUAGACCAAAGGUUGGACGCGGGUGGCACUGUGGGUUAAACCACAGAGCCUAGGACUUGCCGAUCAGAAGGUCGGCGGUUCAAAUCCCCGUGACGGGGUGAGCUCCCAUUGCUCGGUCCUUGCUCCUGCCAACCUAGCAGUUCGAAAGCACAUCAAAGUGCAAGUAGAUAAAUAGGUACCACUCUGGUGGAAAGGUAAACAGUGUUUCCGUGCACUGCUCUGGUUUGCCAGAAGCGGCUUAGUCAUGCUGGCCACAUGACCCGGAAGCUGUACGCCGGCUCCCUCGGCCAAUAAAGCGAGAUGAGAGCCACAACCCCAGAGUCAGUCACGACUGGACCUAAUGGUCAGGGGUCCCUUUAACUUUACUUAGACCAAAGGUUGGGAGAUAAAAAUGAAAAAUGGCAGAGUGACAGGAGGAAUGUGCCCCUGGUGGUGGGUUGAAGGGGGCUAGAGGAUUUGGAAGGGAGAUCUGUGAGUAGAGACAGCAAAGUGUGAAGAUUCUAGGUGUGUAUAGUGCUCACUAAUGGUUCCUUGUCAUCUUGCAAGGAAGUGACAAGUGGGUGACACAGGGCUCUGUGCUGGGCCUGUUGUUGUUCAGUGUCUUUAUAAAUUACUUGGACGAAGGAUUCGAGGGGAUCCUCAUCAGAUUUGCAGAUGACACCAAACUGGGAGGAGUAGCCAGUGCCGCUCAAGACGGAAUCAGAAUUCAUAAUGACCUUAAUUCAUAAUGGGCCAAAACUGAAUGUCCAGUCCACCGUGAGGACUAGAAAUGUGUCCUUUUUAAAAAAAGAGGUAUUAGUAUUUUUUGGGAAACGGAAGGUGGGACCCAGAUUCCACAGCUUUCAGCAUAGCCAUGAUCCACACAACCAUUGUCCCCUCCAUGAUAACUGUUGUGCCUCUCAGAGGGUGAGACGGAGCAGAGAGAAUUGCCAAGCAUUUUCACCCCCCGAAAGUGUGAUAGAAACAUCAUUUGGCACUUCUGGUCCCAGUGGUUUGUGACAGCCUUGUCUCCCUGGCAGGAAGUGAAGGACACGGUUGAUGGGCAGCGGAUCCUCGAGAAGAAAGGCAGCGCAGCGGUGAGAUGGGCUUUCCCCAAGGGAAGUGGGGGGGGGCGGGCGAGGCAAGAGACUGCUGAUCUUUCUCUUUGAAGCCAGGUUGCCGUUCCUUGUUGACUCAGGCCUUUAACUGACCUUCUCCCUCUGGGCUCAUUUCAUCUUGAGAGGCAGGGCACUCUCUCUCCAAGAAAGCAUGUAGCUGGAGGCUGCUGGAGGUCUUGAAGACCCCCCUCUCUGAGCUACAUUCCCCACCCCUGCUAAAGAGAGAACAGCAGGAGCAGCAGGCCGAUAGUUGUCCACUGAAAUGUAUCACUUGCAGUGGGGUGGGGUACUAUGGUUGAAGUCCCAGAAAGAAGGAGCUGCUGUGAAUUGUGAAGGCACAACAGCCACUGGGCUCCCCUGGUUUCCCCCCUGCCUGGGUCUUAAGUGCAUCAAACUCUGAGCUGCUGCUGUUCCUGCUGCUUUGGGUCUCCUGGCUCUGUGCUGAGCUGCAUCUCACGCAUGCCCUCUUGCCCGUCUGCCUUACUCCCAGCUGGUUAUCUGAGCGACCAGACGCAAAGAGGCUGGGAUGCAGAGGACAGAAUUGCAGCUGAACUCUUCUUUUUAUGGACAGCAUCCCUGUGCUCCCAGUACGUUUCCGAGCACAAUUCAAAGUGUGGGUGUUGACCUUUAAAGCCCUAAACAGCCUCGGCCCAGUAUACCUGAAGGAGUGUCUCCACCCCCAUCGUUCUGCCCGGACGCUGAGGUCCAGUGCCAAGGGCCUACUGGCGGUUCCCUCACUGCGAGAAACAAAGCUACAGGGAACCAGGCAGAGGGCCUUCUCGGUAGUGGCCCCCGCCCUGUGGAACGCCCUCCCAUCAGAUGUUAAAGAGAUAAACAACUACCUGACAUUAGAAGACAUCUGAAGGCAGCCCUGUUCAGGGAAGUUUUUAAUGUGUGACAUUUUAAUGUAUUUUAAUCUUUGUUGGAAGCUGCCCAGAGUGGCUGGGGAAACCCAGCCAGAUGGGUGGGGUACAAAUAAAUUAUUACUAUUAUUCUGUGAUGCCUCUUCCCCUCCCACCCUGCACCGCACUAAGAAAUUGCCCCCUUCCCCUGCUUAGAUGCUGAGCUCUCCCAAGGCUCUACCCACCACUGUGGCCUCCAACUGAUGCCCAAUUUUGAAGGGUCCCAAGAUCCCUGGAAGUGUGUGUCUUCUGACCUUUAACUGCAGAAGUGCAUUAGGGUUAGGGGUCUCCAUGGAGUUAGUUAGACUGGUGUUUCCUGUUUCCACUGGAUAGCAGCUAUUUGGGUGGCAGCCUUCGAAGCUGGAUGAGGAGAGAACCUCGUUCUUCCCACAUCGUGGUCCCGGCACUCAGAGCAGCAGUUUUCGAACCAGAGCUUAGAAAUUGCGAUCUGUAUGCAAUUCUGAUCUUUCUUUCUGGGUUGGAUGGUUGUGGGCUCGCACUGGUGAGAGAGAGGGAGGAGUAUUAACUCUGCCCAUGCUCAGUGGUACCCUUUUUUAUGCUGUUGCAUUGGCCUGUUCAGGGCUGGGUUCUGGCACAGAAAAUGGGUUGUGGGGCUGAGCCUUGCUGAAGCCUGCCUCCAGCCCUGAUUUCCCUUGCGCCUCCCUCCCUCUCCCCCAACAGUUGAAGGACCUCAAGAGGCAGCUGCACCUGGAACGGAAGCGAGCGGACAAACUCCAGGAGCGGCUCCAGGAGAUCUUGACCAAUAGCAAGAGCCGGACAGGUGAGAGGGGGCUCCUAGGAAGAGGAAGGAACUUCCCCUCCCCUCUAGAGAAUGUUGUGCUCAGAAAUGGGAGGAUUGUCCUGUGUUUCUGUACCUGGAACAGAUGCACCUGGUGAAUCAGCUGUGAAGAAUACAGGUGUUUUCAAAAUAGCUAUGUUUUCCUUGUGAAGUGCUGGGUAGGAAAGGGGUCAGUCAACUGCUGCCCCACCACUGCCUGUGUCUCUAUCUACAAGAAGGGUGGAGGUAUUCCCUGCUGAGGGCCACAAGUUGGUGGCAGGUGGUGCCAGAGGCAAAAGUAGGAGGGGCAACAAAUGGAAAUGUUGCCUUUGUACAGUGGGCUGCUUUCUGCAUGCGUUUAGCACACCCCUUUCUCUCCUUCCUCUAGGCAAGCAAAAGGCAUUAUCAGCAUUCUUUCUGGGGGGAAACAGGAUACAAAGCAAGGGGGCAGUGAGGGGUGUGGCUUGGGGAGACUGCCAAGGGCCAGAUAGUAAAGUCUGGAGGGCCACAUUCGAGCCUCAGACUUCCCACCCUGAUUUACAAGCUUGCGUUCUUUUCAGUUGGCAGGCUGCAAGCUGUUCUAAACAGCUUUUAAUGCUGUAUUUUAUACUGCUGUAACCUGCUGUGGGACUUUCUGGUAAAAUAAUAAUAUGUAGUGAUUGGUGGCUUGUACCCAAGUAGAAAACAGUGUGACAAGUUGCCCCAUGGGCGAGCUGAUAGGGAUCUUGGAAGUAGCUUUUCCUGUUCAACUGUCCUUCUCUAGGGGCUCCUUCACACAAAACUCUUCUAACAGGCCAAUAUAUCAUACCCACUAAGAUGAUAUUUGGAGCUGGGUGCACUUUGCCCUAAAAAGAAUAAUGAGAAUCUUCCUCCAAUGAAACCUAACUUCGUCUCUAAGAGAAAGCUGUUUUUUUCAGGCUAUAUAAAUCAUGCACUUUAAGUUGAUCUGCACAGUUGAUUUCCCAGCGUUUGCUAUUUUGCAUAAUUCUGGUGUCAUUACAUGUAGAGUGGAGCAGAGAGCUGUGCGUAGGGCCACUCAGGGUUGCCUGCUGACCACUAGAAAUUUUAUUAUUCUGCCACCCCUCUCUGGCUUUUCAGCUUGACCAGCUGUUGCUCACACUUCCUUUGAGUCUGCAUGUGGAACUAUAAGGACUAGAAACCUGCUUUAAAGCAAAAACAAAGCAAAAACUGAUAUUCUCACAGACAAGCUGAAUUUUGCACCUUAUACUGAAUAGGAUUUCCUUCCCCCACCCCACAGUUCUUCUAGAAUCAUAGCAUAUAUAUUUAGCCCCAACUAUAAUGUUAGCAGCACAUAACAUGUCUGUGUCCUCAACCUCAUGUUACAUGCACCCCGGGGAGGAGAGGCAGUGAUGACUCAUUGUUGUGAGAUAAUGGAAGGUUUAAAAAUGGUGAAUGGUAGGCAUUUAAAAUAUUAGAGUUUUUAGCAGGUAAAGCGUUUGUGUCUUCAGCUUUUAGAUACUGGAGAACUUUCCAGACUUGACUCUUGAGACUCAACUCAAGAUAUAAUAAUAAUAAUAAUAAUAAUGAUAAUGAUAAUAAAUUUUAUUUAUAUCCCGCCCUCCCCAGCCGAAGCCGGGCUCAGGGCGGCUAACAACAAUAAAACAGUACAAAAGUACAGCACAAACAACACUCUAAAAUCAUUCAUUAUAAAAUUAAUUAAUUCAAGCCACUGGCAACCAUUGGGCCAGAGCUCCGCGAAGAUUGCCGAGGGAGGGAGUCAGGCUGUGCCCUGGCCAAAGGCCUGGUGGAACAGCUCUGUCUUGCAGGCCCUGCGGAAAGAUGUCAAGUCCCGCAGGGCCCUGGUCUCUUGUGACAGAGUGUUCCACCAGAUCGGAGCCACGGCCGAAAAAGCCCUGGCUCUAGUUGAGGCCAGCCUAACUUCUCUGUGGCCUGGGACCUUCAAGAUGUUUUUAUUAGUUCCUCUGUGGGGCAUACCAGGAGAUGCGGUCCCGUAGGUAUGAGGGUCCUAGGCCGUAUAGGGCUUUAAAAGUUAAAACCAGCACCUUAAACCUGAUCCUGUACUCCACCGGGAGCCAGUGCAGCUGGUAUAGCACCGGGUGAAUGUGAUCUCAUGGCAAGGACCCCAUAAGGAGUCUCGCCGCGGCAUUCUGCACCCGCUGGAGUUUCUGGGUCAGUCUCAAGGGCAGCCCCACAUAGAGCGAGUUACAAUAAUCCAGUCUGGAGGUGACCGUCGCGUGGAUCACAGUGGCUAGGUCAGGGCGAGAGAGGUAAGGAGCCAACUGCUUAGCUUGGCGGAGAUGGAAAAAUGCCGCCUUUGUUGUAGCUGCAAUCUGCGCCUCCAUGGAAAGGGAGGUGUCGAAGAUUACACCCAAACUCUUAACGGACGGUGCUGGCACUAAUUGCGCCCCCGCAAGAGAUGGACUGGGGUGGCUUAGAGCUACCUCUGAAUGGGAGAGCCAUGAUAGAUGGAGGCACUGGAUACUUACCAGGCCUGCUUGAGACGUCACCUCUCCCCCCGCAGUGCUGAACGAAGUCCGCUUGAAUUCUGUGUUUGGAAUAAAUGAAGCAUUCGGAGGAAAUGCAUUUCCAGAAAAUUUAUUAAGAACUUGCUCAGGCAGCAGCUUUCAAAGCUCCUGGCUCAGCGUUGCUGUGAACAUGGGUAGCAUUCCUAAUGGGAAAAACAGCCCCUUCUUCCAUCCCUGGACACCGCUGCAGUAGGAAACCAGCUGCCCAGCUUGUGCUGUGGUCAGUCGGACACCUGGCUGUGUCAGCUGCGUGGCCCAGGGAGGGUAGAAGGAACUGUGCCAAGGUAGAGUUGACCUGCAGGUGGGUAAGCAUGAAAACAGAUGAUCUCUUAAAUGAGCCAUCUGGUUGAGGCUUCAGAGAAAGAGAGAGAGGAUAAUGGGGAAGAGAGAAUGUGGGUGUCAGAUUUGUGUCUGGCAGUCCUGCACCACGAUUGCAUAUGUUUGUGUGUGUAGGAGUGUUGCUGCUGGGGCAGAGCUGGGUUGUGUGAGGUCACAGUCAGAGCAAGCUGCUCUCCGUGGAGGAAACAGGUGACAUCUAUGAGGACUGCAAGAGAAAAGGAAGGUAACGGAGGUGGGGAGAGGAAGUCGAAAGGUUGAUUCUUUAGAGUAUCAACAGGAAACUGGAAGACAUUGUCAGGACACAGUAGGAAGGCGAGAACUGUUUGGAAAAUGUUCCCUUUUCUAUGGGAAGAACUUCCCCUUGCUGCAGAUGAAACGCAUCAGAGUUUUUAUUCGGCGAAGUGAAAGUACAGGGAACCUUGGGAGGAAGUGAUCAUGUCCUCUUGGGUUUCAUUAUACACAGGCAAGGGGAAGCUGAGCGUCUUCUUCUUCUUUGAUGAUCUUUUGUAGCCGAAUAAGAUUGUCUUCCAUGAACACGGUCUUAAUGGUGUGUCCGUAAGUGACUGUGGAGGCCAAUUCUGGAUCCACACGUCCUUCCACAGUGGGGACAUAGGUUUCCGGAUGGGAGUUGAUCAUGAUGAGGGUUUGCCAAACAUGCCUUCCUCUUAGCAUGUUUCUCCCUUUCGUCCUAAGUUUGAGAGUCUUCAAAGUCCAUGACACCCUUGGUAAAGGCUGUCCUCCAAUUAGAGCACUUGCAGACCAGUCUUUCCCAGUUGUCAGUGUUUGUGCUACAUUUUUAAGGGCUUGGACUCAGGGGACCUUCCCACUCUACAAUUCUAUGAUUCUAUGCAAGUAAGACUUUCUCAGUGUCUUCUGUCUUGGUUUAUGUUAAGGGCUUAUUGAGAAGGCCUGUGGCUCAGUCGUAGAGCAUCUGCUUUGCAUGCAAAAGGUCCCAGAUUCAGUCCCUCGCAUCUCCAGGUAGGGCUGGGAGAGAACCCCGUCUGAAGACCUGGAUUGCACUUGCCUGUCAGUGUAGACCAGUGGGUCUGACCCAGUAUAAAGCAGCUUCCUCCGUUUCUGUAUUUCAAGGACCAGAUGAGUAGCUCUGGUUGACCCAAGCUUUUAGGGCUGCUGAAUUUCUGCCAUCUUCCAGUGCACAAAAGAGUUCCAUGUAGGAAUUUAACCACGUGAAAGUGAAAGUGGCCCAUGGCCUUAAUUUGGAGACUAGAACUCCUAGCCUUGCCCUGCAGACACCAUCUCGCAAGCGAAGGCUGUCCCUUUCACAAGUUCAGUCAUUGCCCAUCAGUACGGCAGGGGAUGAUCCUGGCUUCACCUGGUCUGCAGUUAUAAAAUAAAUAACAUAAUCUGCACAAAGUGUUUUCAAGCACGCAGAAAGGUGUCCCAUCAACUGCUACAGUCAAGUUCUAGAAACCAGAUCUCUUGACUAAACACUGCUCACUUGCUAAAGGACAAAAGCACAGUAAACUUCCAACCUGCCCAGUCUCCUCCUGGGACCAUCCACUAGGAUCCAUUCCUCUCCCAGGAGACCACCUUAUCCCUUCAUGCUGCACCAUUUUGCGUUUCUUGGGCCACAAGCACAAGAUUUCACCCUUGCACCCGGCAAUCAUUUGCAUGUGCUUAGAAAAUCUUUCCUCCAACCAUAGGCAUGCGUUCGAUGGGUCGCAAGUGCAGCCCUUUCUCUGCUCCCUGGCUUUGAGGACAGCAGAGCAGUCAAAAGGUAUUUAAAGGAGCAGUUCCUCCAUGUUUGAAAGCGAUUUUCCUGAUUGUGUCCUGCUUCUCUGCCUCCAAGUAUGGUUGGGAAAAGGGAUUGUCAGCUGUUGCUGCUAGUGCAACCUGCAGAGAACUCUCUCUCUCUCUCUUCCUCUCCCUCUCUCUCUUUAAAGGAGGCCUUGAAGUGAGCGCCAUUCCUUCCUUGGUCCCCAAGAGGCACUGUCAUUUGGCCCCUGGCAAAUUGCUUGGGAGGGAUGCCUUUUAUCGCCUUGCUUUGAUCUAAUGCACCCUGGAGUGUGAAGGGACUUUCAUUGCCUUCUGAAUUCCUCCGUUUUGUGUGUUUUGUGUGUGUGUGCGCACACACGCUCGCGUCUGUUUUUUCCAGAGCAGCCUGCACAAAAGAGUCCUUCUCCCUCCACAGGGCUUUCUCCCAGCAUGGAGUUCUGUUGAAAAGCCAUCGUCUGCGUAAUCCCCUCUUCUCUCUCCCUCUUAACAAAGAGCCAGUGACCUCCAACUCAGCUUGCUCCUUUAAAAGAAAGAAAGCUGAGCUAAAGAGGAAGAGAGUCACAAGCGGGAGAUUGAAAGGCAUCAGUUGGUCCCAGGGGAGGUUAGCGCUUGAGUUAACAGGUGGGUUUGAAAGGCGCUGGAGGCCACUUGCAGCAGGGAGUUCAGGAGGUGCGUAUAGUCGGCAGCUCCCAGCAUUGAAUGGGUCUCUUGUUUUCACCACCGGAUUAAAAAUUAACCAGCCGGGCUGGGCAGCUGCAGCACUUGCUUGUAGGAUUUCUCACUUCCUACACACCCAGCACUCUCCCUCUGCAAAGCUCUCCGGCAGGCAGGCAGCACAAAUGGCUAGAAAUGCCAUUUCUGGGCUUGUGGAACAGUCUGGGAACACCAGGUGCUGGGAGUUUAGUGGAGCAAAGUGGAGAAAGGACUUGAUAGAUCAUUUGGAUAGGAGUUCCUCAUGAGGCCCCAUGCAAGAGCAUACCUAUUACAAGCUUACGUGUGUGUGUUUCAAAAAAAUAAAUAAAUGCCUCUUUUUGCUCUUUCUUUGAUUGAGGCAUGGCAGAUAAAUGGCGACUGUCUGCUUGCCAUGUUGCUUCCAGGUUCCGACUCUGUUCCCGUCCUCUAUUUCCCUACUCCCCCACUUUUUAUAACUAACCACAGUUUUUGAGAAUUUUUAUUUAGGGAGAUGUGGCACUCUAGCCUGACCCAAGAAACGGAAUCCAGGCUGGAACUGGGCAGGGGUUGGGAUUGUGCAUAUGUAAACAGUUCUUGGUUCUCAGUGGCUGGGAUCAAGAAGGGGUGAGGGAGCAGGGCCCACAUUUAGCCUUUGGGUGUCCUGGAAUACAAAAUUUUACUUCCGCCCAUAAAAAUGAACAGUGGCCAUAUUACCCCUGUUUGGGGAAUGGCCUCUGCUCGAUUGCAGAGUGUACACCUUGCAAGCAGCCAGUAGCCCAGGUUCAGUCCCUAUCACACAAACAGCCCAUCCAUCGUCACAAUGGGCAUUUUGCUAAUAAAAGGCUUCGAAAGGCUUAAAGUGCUUCACUUAGGUUAUCUCAGCGAUGCUUACAGCCGCCCUGUACAGGGGCAUUCUGAUCCCUUGUGUUUCCCAUGGCUAGUGGGGGGUGAAGCUGCAGCAGAUGUGGCUCUCCUUUAACUACCAAACUUGUGGCAGAGGUGGGAGUUGUAUUAGUGUCUUCACAUCUCCAUGCAAUGGAGGGGAAAUUGGGUCUGCUGCUCAGCUUCUCUCUACAUUUCCUCUGCUGUCUUUCUAGAGUAGGAAUUUGUGCUCUUUUAGUUCUUUUUGGUUUGUUCCAAAGGAUACUGUUCAUUUUAGCUGUCCCAUGGUGUGGGGAUGUGGGAGUGCCUGAUACCCUAACUUUUUAAUCUAUAGGGUUUAUGGCAAAACAACCACAAUAACAUAAAACACAGUUGGUUAAGACACAUUUGUUGUAUAGUCGUUUAAUUGUGUCCGACUCUUUGUGACCCAUGGACCAGAGCACGCCAGGCACUCCUGUCUUCCACUGCCUCCCGCAGUUUGGUCAAACUCGUGCUGGUAGCUUUGAGAACACUGUCCCACCAUCUCGUCCUCUGUUGUCCCCUUCUCCUGGUGCCCUCCAUCUUUCCCAACAUCAGGGUCUUUUCCAGGGAGUCUUCUCUUCUCAUGAGGUGGCCAAAGUAUUGGAGCCUCAGCUUCAGGAUCUGUCCUUCCAGUGAGCACUCAGGGCUGAUUUCCUUAAGAAUGGAUAGGUUUGAUCUUGCAGUCCAUGGGACUCUCAAGAGUCUCCUCCAGCACCAUAAUUCAAAAGCAUCAAUUCUUCAGCGAUCAGCCUUCUUUAUGGUCCAGCCACAUAAAGACACAUAAGACGUUGCAAACCACAAGCAAAAACAAAAUCCAGCAACAUUAUGCAUCAUAACAAGCCCACAUUUCCCCUGUAAAAACUACAUUUCUGCUUGUUGAUUAAAGCCUUGUGAACGUCCUCUGGACAGGAGUUUCGUAACCUCCGCACACUGUUCAGAAGGCUGUGCUUUGUGUAGUUACCCAUCCCACUUCAGAUGGCAAAGCAAAGCCUCUGAGGGUGACUCAAGGGCCCAGAUAGUGUCUUAUGCAAGACUCCUAGAGCUGGAAAGUGCCUGGCAGGUCUUCUCGUGCAACUCCCUUCUCAGUGUGGGAUCUGCAACUGCAGCAUCCCUGACAGAUGACUGUACGGCCUCUGCUGAAGCACCUGCAAGGAAGGAGAGCUCUCAAGGCAGAUUGUCCCACUGUCAAACAGCAGCCCUCAAGGUACCAGUGGUCUUCAGCCUUGUAGUCCAGCAUCUUCUGCUAUUUUUAUUUAAAUACAAAAAUAAGGUCAUACACCAUGUAUAUUUCAAGUAAUAUAAUCUGGAUGUUAGCAAGACAUUAGUGACAGUGGCCAGAUUCUUUUUAACUUUAUAAUUUGUGGUUGUUGUUUUUUAAAAAAUCAUUAAUUCACUGCAGGCUUUAAUUCAUAGCAGUCUUGCAGUUGUUUCAUUGACAAGCUCCUGCUUUCGCUCCCCUCUUUGAAAAUCGUACCAAAUGAUUUGCCAAAGGGGGUCAUCCCACAUUACGAUAAAUUCGUCUUCACUGUGAAAUGAUGCAAUGCUGGUAGAUGACACCCUUGUGAUACCAGCCAAGCCCAGGUAGGAGGACUGAGACAGGAGAGCUAGGAAGAAAGGAAAAACGGCCCCUGGAUCCCCAUUGAGCAGAUGGUUUGGGAACCCCUCUGGUCUUGGAUACUGGUUCCCCUUCCAGAGGCUUCUCUGCAGUCAGCUUUGCUAAAACGCAUUUAAAAAAACAAAACAAAAGAAGCCGGCUCCGUUGUUUAGGGGGUCUGGUGAAUGCACCAGAUGGUCUGUACUGGAAGCUGCAUUCUGCAAUCUGCUGUGUAAAAAGUGUCCCUCGUCUUUCGUGUGUGUGUGUGUGUGUGUGUGUGUGUGUGUGUUUGGGGGUGUGUGUACUCAAGCAGAUUUAUAUCCUGCCCUUUCUCUAAUGAAUUCAGGGUGGAGUACACAGUUCCCCACCCCCAUUUUUAUAUAAUCACAAUAGCCAUGUGAGGUAGGUGAGACUGAGAAAUAAUAACCUACGGUAAUCCAGCGAGUUUUGUGCCCAAGCAAGAAUGUUAAUAGCAAAGUUUUGUUUAUUAGACCAAGGGUGGGCUAAAUCUUGACCCACUAAUGGAUUAGUGGGCAUUUUUUGCUGGGAUUCUGAGAGAAUGCUUGACUAGCUAGAGCUUGAUCUGAUCCAUUAAGGUACUACUUUAUGCUCUUCAGCAGCAAGAAUACAGACUCAGGAUCAUACAUGUGAGUUACACUUUAGCUGUGUUAGAGAUCUUGAGUAUGUACUCUUGAUGUGUACAUUAUAAAAUGCACUGGUAGACUGUGGACCUUCUUUUUUUAUUCUAUUUUUAAAAAGAUAGACCACACAAGACUAGUUGGUUCAUUCCUGUACAUCAGCACUCAGCACUUGGGCUUUGCAGUGUAUUUCAGCACUUUGGACAGCUCCUUGGUCCUAUUCCUUAGAACAGAGAUGGAGAACUUGGAGCCCUCCAGGUGUUGUUGGAUCCCAUCCCAUCAUCCCCAACCAGCAUGACCAAUGCUCAACAUCUGGAGGGCCACAUGUUUCUCUUCCUGGCCUUACGAGAAGAAAAUGCAAUAAUAAUACCAAUGCUAGUAGUAGUAAGGUAACAGUACCCCUGACUGUUAGGUCCAGUCGCAGACGACUCUGGGGUUGCGUGCUCAUCUCGCUCUAUAGGCCAAGGGAGCCGGCGUUGGUCCACAGACAGCUUCCGGGUCAUGUGGCCAGCAUGACUAAGCCACUUCUGGCGAACCAGAGCAGCACACAGAAACGCCGUUUACCUUCCCGUCGGAGCGGUACCUAUUUAUCUACUUGCACUUUGACAUGCUUUCGAACUGCUAGGUUGGCAGGAGCAGGGACCGAGCAACGGGAGCUCACCCCGUCGCGGGGAUUCAAACCACCGACCUUCCGAUCGGCAAGCCCUAGGCUCUGUCGUUUAGACCACAGCACCACCCGCAUCCCAGCUAGUAGUAGUAGUAACUGUUGUGAUGUACAAGAGCCCUACAGGAAGCGUUCAGGAAUCAAGCUGGAUUUUCAGUAUGGGUUUAUUCAGUUGCAGUCUUUCGGCAUCGUAAAACAAGCUGUGUGGGUACAUUCAACAUACACAGCACACAGAUGGAAUUAUAUUCAGGGAGAAGCCUUCACCUCUUCAUACUCCUACCAACUAACUGAAGUGGGAAGUCAACCAUGCCUCUUUAUACUAGCUGGAUCAGUUAGGCAACGCCCCGUGUCUCGUGAUGCUUAGUCAUCACAUGCUGCUGAGUCAGCAUUCCCAAUUAGCACAGAGUGUUUAACUCCUUGAUCCCCACAACACUUCAACAGUAACAAUAUCUUGGACUUCUGCUAUGUGUAUCCUGACCAGAAAUAAAAUAUAGGGUACCUUUGGCAGGAAGGAUUCCAGAUGAGGCUGGCUGGUACAUUGAGAAUAAUCUUUCAUGAACGUGAGCAGACAUAGCACAGAAGCUUAAAGCUGGGAAUUCAACACAAGCAAACCACUUCAGACUGCCAGGAAACUCCCAUGUGACAAACACCUUGGGCUUGUGUGUGAACACCAUGCUCCCAAUACAUUAACCAUGGUUGGGGAAGUGGGCUUUGGGGUGGGUUCUCUCAAAUCCCCCUGCUGGCCUUUUGCAUGAUUCAGAGUUACAUUGACACCAACCUUUACAACGGCCAAUGUUUCGUUUUAACCAGCUUAUGGGUCCUGGUUAAGAUGCAUAGCAUUAACCAUUCUAUAAGAAGUGUUAGCUGAGAGUAAAAGCCAGUAGAGGGAAGUCAAAUUUGUACGGGGGGUGGAGGCAUUGGUCUAUGCGACUCUGGGAUCCAGAAGCCUGCUCCUGAUCCCUAAUCUGUGGUUAAUGGAUUCUGAACGCUUGCCUCCACUGGGAACCUUGUGUGUUCCUGAUUAUGUAAACAAGAUUGGUUUUGUCUAGCUCCUAGGGGCCACUUGGGAGUUCUUCAAAAGCAGAGAGGUGGUUUCUCCUAAGGAAAGAAGUUGGUGUUGUUUUGGGGGGAGAUGUGAGAACAGUGAGAUCAGUUUAGGACAAGAUUCAGCUGCAGAGCAGUGCGGGGGUUGGAACUUACAUCCAAACGCUACAGUAAAUCCUGCUUUGGGUGGACAGUCUCUGACACCAUCUUUUUUCAAAAUACUCCUUUCCUAUGCUAGGAAAUAGCACCUUCCGGGAAAUCAGAUACCCCAGGGAGCUAAGCUAACCACUCAGCUGGUUAUUUGCAGCCAAGUACUUUCAGAGAUUUGAGGGUGGGGAGGGAGAGAGAGAAGAGCCUGAAUCUGUGUUUAAUAUGAACUGGAUCUUGUUCAUGCCAGCCCCGUGUGAGGAGCAGAUACCAGCCCAUGAUGUGCAACGGACAUUACCUAGGCUAUGCUGUAUGCGUCUGUGUACUUUCUGACUCUUGAAAGUAUUGUCUCUGAGCAUGCAGAGAGUGUUCUUCCUGUGCCAAGGAGCUGCCCCCAGCUAGCACCUACACACCUGAGGGUUACAGGGCAGGGCAAUGGGGAGCGGCUGUGGCUUUCUGCCCGCUUUGGGCCCCAGAACUGCCACCCUUAUUUGCAUUUCUAACCUUGUGCUCUGCCCUCCAGGAAUCGAGGAUCUUGUCUUGGCGGAUAUCAGCUCGCCCAGCAGGGCACAGACGGGAGACAGCAGCAGCAUCUCGUCCUUCAGCUACCGUGAAAUCAUGAAAGAGGGAUCUGGGGCCGGCAGCAACAAGGUAAGGCAUGAUAGGUGUCAGGAGGUUUGGCUGUAGGUGCCAAGGACGCCAGAGCUCUUGAAGGGGUGAGGUCUGUAAUUUCUCUUCCUGCGCCUGUAGAUGGGAGCAGACACCUGGAGCUUGCCUUUCAAAAGCAGUGCCUUUCCUCAGAUUAGAGGAAGGGCCAUAGCUCAGUGGUAGAUCCUUUGCUUUAUAAGCGGAAGGUCCCAGGUUCAGUCCCUGGCAUUUCUAGGUAGGGUUUGGAAAGAUCCCUGCCUGAAAUCCUGGAGAGCUGCUGCCAGUCCGUGUAGACAGUACUGAGCUAGAUGGACCCAAAGCAGCUUCCUGUGUUCCAAAGCAUCACUUCUGGGUUGUUGGUAGUUUUCCUUUUUUUUUUUUAUGAUAUUUAUUAAAGUUUCAAGAAGUAGAAGAAAUACAAAAUACAGAAAAAAGAGUAAAGUUUUUUAAAGUAUAACAAAAAAGUAAAGGAUAAAAAAGAAACAUACAAAAUAAAACAGUUAAAAAGACAUUAAUUUUCCAAGCCUAUCUUCCCUAGACUUAUUUCCCCGGACCUCCUCAUACCUCCCUUUUUUGUAUUCCAGUUCAGUUGUUAGUUCAGCAAAUCCUUACCAUUAAACUUUUGCCCAAUUGUAAACCUUUUUUCAUAUCUCUUAAAGCAUUACAGCUAAAAACCUCUUAGUUUCUAUCCAACAUCCUUCUAAGAUUCCUUAAUUUUACAAUAUUUCUGUAAAUAGUCUUUAAAUUUCUUCCAGUCUUCUUUCACCGACUCUUCUCCCUGGUCUCGGAUUCUGCCAGUCAUUUCCACCAAUUCCAUGUAGUCAAUCACCUUCAUCUGCCAUUCUUCCAGAGUGGGUAGAUCUUGUGUCUUCCAAUACUUUGCAAUGAGUAUUCUUGCUGCUGUUGUAGCAUAUGUUGGUAGUUUUCCUAUGGUGCCAUUUUAGGGAUGGUGCUGCAGGAGUCCCGUUCCCAUGCAACUGGUCUUGCAGACAGCACAAAGACUCCUCAGGAUCUCCUCUAUUUCUGGCCAGCUCAUUGAUUCUACCCAGGGGGUGAUUGUUCAUAACUGAUCAACUUGAUCUAUGUAUUAGCUGCACGAGCCAAAGGAAUCCUUUUGUUGUUGUUUUUAAAGGUUGCCUGUGUGUGUGUGGUUGUUUGACCUGCCUUUGAAGUUGCCACAACAAAGACUCUUAAAAUAAACUGGGUUUGUUAUUCCCCACCCCUGCAAUAUAAUCUUGAACAUAUCCAAGGGAAACUCUCACCCACCCACUGGCUUCUUUUCUCCCAAAGUCUUGUCUGAAGAUUGGAGAAAAUGGGUUUCUGUAAGAAGAAGAAACAGCCAAUCAGUUCUUUAUUGGAAAAUUGGCCAGGGUGUCAGGCAUGAGGUUCCUCAUCCUACACUAUAGGACGAUAGAUAUUCUAUGGGUGGCUAGCAGCUAGAUUGGUAGCUUGGGGCCUGCAUCCCUAUAAUGGUUACUUAAUUUUUUACAUGCAGUUUUGAUGUUAAAGUUAAUUAGUGAGACACCUUUGAGCACUUUGCAAAAUGAGAGAGAAAUGUUUAAAAUUACUUUGGGGGCGGAGGGUGAUGGAUGCAGUGAAAGACUCUGCUUGGGCUGCCAGCCUGCCUGCCAACCCCCUUCUCCGCUUGCAGUCCACCACAGGCAGCCCGCAGUCACAGUCGCAACCCCCUCGGCCAGCUGACCUCUCGGACGAGGAGAUCUCCGAGCUCUUCCAGCGUCUGGCAGAAGUUCAGCAGGAGAAAUGGCUGCUGGAGGAGAAGGUAUGGUAACCUUUGCAGGCCCUUUUGGAAUGGCAGAAUAGGCUCUUGCGUGGCACCUUACGACAGGCACAUACUGGCUCUCCUGCAGUAUGGCUGGCCCAGCCGGAUGUCUGUACACAGUGAUACACUCCCAGCUCCUGCCAGUGACUGAGAAUGUUAACUCUCCGGAGUUUUGCCUGUGCUUGACUCUGUGGUAGGGGUGCAGAACUUUUAUCAGCCUGAGGGCGGCAUUUUCCCCUGGAUAACUUUUUUCGGGGGGGGCAUGCGAGGGAUGGUGGUAAGAUCAGGGGCAAAAAGUAGGUGGGUUGAUGGAUGUGACUAUUAACCUUUGUAUAAAGGUAAAGGUACCCCUGACCGUUAGGUCAUGGAUGACUCUGAGGUUGUGGUGCUCAUCUCGCUCUAUAGGCCGAGGGAGCCGGCAUUUGUCCGCAGACAGCUUCCGAGUCAUGUGGCCAGCAUGACUAAGCCGCUUCUGGCGAACCAGAGCAGCACAUGGAAACGCCCUUUACCUUCCUGCCAGAGCGGUACCGAUUUGUCUACUUGCACUUGACGUGCUUUCAAGCUAGGUUGGCAGGAGCUGGGACUGGACAACGGGAGCUCACUCCGUUGCGGGGAUUCGAACCACCGACCUUCUGAUCGGCAAGCCCUAGGCUCUGUGGUUUAGACCACAGCGCCACCCACAUCACCUAUUAACCUUUGUACAGUAGGCUAUUUUGAGCCACACAAAGCCAGAGGUUCCUACAUAGACCCCUGUCUCUAUCAAAUAUUCAGAAAAGCAAGAGGUGUUGCAGUUCAGGGUUACAUUCCAGCCACACAAAACACACUUCCAAGAGGGUGUGGAGCAGUACCAGCAAGUAGAAUGUGGCAGGGCCCAAGCCCUGGCCUAGUGAGAGUCCUGAGGGCCACAUCUGGCCCCCAAGGCCUCUAAAGUCCCCAGAGGAACCACCAUGUAGCAGCACAUUCUGAACCUUUGGAGAUUAUUUCCAGAGCCCAGACUGGUGAGAUGACUUCCAAGAGGAAAGUCAGCGAUGUUAGGGUUAGAUGGAGGAAUAUGUUUAGCCAGGAGCUCCGUCUGUAAAAGCAUAAGACUCUUAAUCUCAUGGUCAUGGGUUCAAGCCCCCCCCCCCCCAGGGGGGAACACCUGCAUUGCAGAGGGCUGGAUUAGAUGACCCUCAUGGUCCCUUUCAACUCUGCAAUUCUAUGAUCUAAGAGGCACAGGCUGGCCUGUCAUUGGUGGAGGUUCUGGAUUCCAGGGUUUUGGGGGCAGGUAAGCAGCACUGACUGUGAGGAAUGAUGCCAUCUCCCUUUGCUAGGUGAAACACCUGGAGGUCAGCAGUGCUUCCAUGGCUGAGGACCUGUGUCGGAAGAGUGCCAUCAUCGAGACGUACGUCAUGGACAGCCGCAUCGGUGAGGACUCCUGGCAGUCAGGAGGGAAUAAGCUUGAGCAAACCAGGGGCUAGUGGCCUUGAUCUCAGCUUGGUGGAAGGGGGUGGAUCGAAGCAAAGAUUGUGUGUCCAGGAAUUUCAGAUCUACUAUGGACACCUGAGGAUUCUCUCCGCUUCCAUUAGGUAGUGGUCCUAGGGAACCCUGAGGCUGCUGAAUAGGCUUGCAGCUGAGGUGAGCUCUGAAUUGGGGCCUCACACUUGACACAGUUCUCUGGUGUAAUUCCCAAUGGGUAGUGCCUGGUCAGGCCAGGAGGCAAAGUGAGGCGGCUGCCUCAGGCAGCAGGUCUCAAUGUUGAUCUUUCUCCUCACCCCCACUUUAUUCUUGGUGUAGAUCUUCUCUCAUCCCUUCUUCUGUGGUGAGGGAGGGGCACCAUUUUGGGGUCUGCAGGGAAUAAGAGGUGAUGUUAAGUCAGGAAGGAAGUUCGAAUGGAAUGUCCACAUCCCUCAGGAGUACUGGCAACAAAUGAGGGGCAGAACUGGGCAGGCAUAGUUGCACUCUCUCUCUUGGUCACACUGGAGCUUAGCCAUGAGUCUUUCUAUAUUCAUAGAUCUUAGGAGAAACUGAAGGUGCUUUGGAAAUACUUUAUAAUUAGGGAUAUACAUCCAUAAAAGAAAUAACAUGAAUCAUAAACAAAAAUAGUGUUAUAGUUAGAGUCUCCUCCCCACGCUAGCUUGCAAGUCCAGAAUCUGACAACUUCAUUUUAAAGAAAGACCAACAUCAUGGCUGCUAGGGGAAAGAAUGUCAAGGGUGUGUGGAUAACAUUGGCUAAAACUGGGGAAGAAGAUGGAUCUCAGAGGGGUCUCCUGAGACUUUGACGCCUCACCUCCUUUUUUGGCUAACCUCUCUCUUCCACCAUGGGGCCAUCCCUCUUGUACACGAGGGAAGAGAGAGGAUGGUAAAAAUUCCACACUUCACACUCUAGAAUGGAAAGGAGGUGCCCUUUAAAUGUUACACUGGUACCCUGGGAAAUGUAUUUCUGUAGGUUCAUCCCAUGGCACACCUGUGACAUUUCAUUAAAGGCCUGAAGCCAUGGGGGGGGGGGCGGUCCAGCCACGCAGAACUUUCCCACUGAAUCAGCACCUGCCUGCCCAUUCCAUGGGAGUGAUGCUUUGCCUUCAGCCUGUCCCCCACCUCUUAAGAAAGCCUUGUCCCUGCCUGAAGUGUGGGGCGCAGAGUAAAUCGGAAGAAGCUAAAUCAUUUCAAACCGGCCAUAUUUGCAGAACUCAAGCUUGUGGGGAACGGGCAAGUGUACACAUAUAUAGUGGUACCUCGGGUUAAGUCCUAAAUUCGUUCCGGAGGUCCGUUCUUAACCUGAAACUGUUCUUAACCUGAAGCACCACUUUAGCUAAUGGGGCCUCCUGCAGCCGCCACGCUGCCGGAGCACGAUUUCUGUUCUCAUUCUGAAGUAAAGUUCUUAACCCGAGGUACUAUUUCUGGGUUAGUGGAGUCUGUAACCUGAAGUGUCUGUAACCCGAGUUACCACUGUAUUAGCAGUUCCCCCUUUUUGCAUAUUUGACUGCUGACGGGCAUAGAGUGAAUUUGGGCAGCAGGCAUGAACCGUGGCCUCUACUUUAGCAGCCUUGCACAUAUUUGGGGGUAGGGUGCAGGUAUCCUCUUUUAAGCACUGGGAAGGUUUUUCGGCCUGUGAAGCUAGGCCACAAAGAGGGGUAGAGCUAUAAAGAGUCCUUUGAAACGUCCCCUGCUUGCAUGUGGCUGUUCCUCCUUCCCCAUGUCCCUGUCCCUCCCACCUCUGCGUUCCUUCCGUGACAGGCCGGGCCUGCGGAAGGGACCUUUUUGUGCCAUCGGUGAAGCCGAGGGGGCAGGCCCCUCCCCCUGCAGCAGCCGGAAUGACAGCCUCCGUGGGGACCUGCUGUCAAACCCUGUUAGCGCCACUUCCCAUCACCAGGCACAGACAAAGGCAGGAGGAAAGGGCUGUUCCCACUCGGCUUCACUGCGGUACAAAGGGAACCAUGUGCAGCGCAGCUAUCCCAAGUCCCUCUGUCUGGCUGCGCCAUCUCCUUUGCACUGCCCUUUCGGCUCUCUGCAGCUCCUCUUGCAGGCCUUGCAAAGUCUGCAGGAUCUGCUGGAGGGCUUGCUUUUAACACCUCUCCUCAACGUUCUGUAGAUUAAAGUCCUGGCUUUUCAGUGUUGGUGCUGACCUUUAAAGCCCUAAACAGCCUCGGUCCUGUAUACCUGAAGGAGCGUCUCCACCCCCAUCGUCCAGCCCGGACACUGAGAUCCAGUGCCGAGGGCCUUCUGGCGGUUCCCUGAUUGCGAGAAGUGAGGUUACAGGGAACCAGAUAGAGGGCCUUCUCGGUAGUGGCGCCCGCCCUGUGGAACGCCCUUCCUUCAGAUAUGAAGGAAAUAAGUAGCUAUCUUAUCUUUAAAAGACAUCUGAAAGCAGCCCUGUUUAGGGAAGUUUUUAAUAUUUAAUGCUGUAGUGUUUUUAACACUCGAUUGGAAGCCGCCCAGAGUGGCUGGGGAAACUCAGCCAGAUGGGCGGGGUAUAAAUAAAAAAAUAUUUUUAUUAUUUUAAUUAUUAUUAUUAUUAUUAUUAUUAUUAUUAUUAUUUAUUAAUUUUGUUUUCCUUACAAGUUUCUAGCCCAUGUGGUUGCAGAAAGAAGCUUGAAAGAGUUGUGGUUCUGGCUAGAGGCCCUCUGGGAGGUGACUCCACUCGACAGCUCAGUCCCAGGCCAGCCGUCGUCAGUCCCACAAGCUGGUCCGAUGGUACAGGAUGAAGCAGGUCCAGACAGUGGUCUGUGUGUGGAGGCUGCCUGGGAACUCCCAUCUUUGCAGCCGUGCCUUGGUCUGUUGUAGAGGAAAGGCAGGGUAAAAAUGAAAUAAGUACAAAUAAAAAUAGAUCUGCCCGUUUCCCCCCCUGCUGCCCACCCAUGUCUCACUCCUUCUCCUCUACUGUAUAAUUUUGCCGCGAGGAUGAGAGGACUGAACCCUGUGUGGGUGUGAACAUGAGUUCAGUAUUAAGCUUCAGAUAGGAUCCCGAGCUCCACGAACUGUGGCUUCUUCGUUUGCUACAUCCACACACGCAAAUUGUGGGGAGAAGUAAGGUCUGGGCAUCCCUGCUGCCUUGAAUAAGCUGCUUCUGUGCUCAGUGCUGGAUGGAACUGGUGUCUUAGCAUGUUAACUCCGGCAUUUCCGAGAUCAAAUAAUCCUUGUGACAGAAUUCCUGCUUAAUGUUGCUUUUCAGAGAGCAGAUCAUUGCUAAUGCGGCUUUCACAGCUUCUGGGUUGCUGCCAUUUGCCCUCUAGACGCUGGUAGUGGAAUCUCUCAAUGGCCGCAUGUUACCUGCAUGGCUAAUAUGUAAGAGAGAGAGUACAGGAGAGGCUCUGGUUAUGCAAUGUGCAUCGUGGCCAACGUAGGUUUUGAAUUCACAUCAGAAACCUGACUGAGGCAUCAAGCUCUGUGUGGUGUGAAAUUACCCUUGAUGUGAAAGGGGGCUGACGUGAGGGCUGCUGCCACGGCCCUCAGCCAGGAUUCUUUGAUAUAAGAGAGCCUUCAGAUCCUUUGCAAGUUUGAUUCCACUGAUCUUUUAAAAAUUCCUCUCUCAUACUUCCGGCACCCUUGCCAGCAUUCCACCUGGAACGUUCCCAAAGCUUGUUGAAGCUUUCGGAGCUCCCAUUUUGGUUUUUGGGGAUCAUGAUCCCUUGGCUUAUUCAAUUAGUCUUAACCAAGAUGCUUUGUUGGGGAUGGGGCUGAAAAUUGUGCCUCGACGGAAGAACAUUUCUACAACCUGCAUAAAUUAUACCAAAAAAGGAUUUGCAUCUGUUUGCAUGAUGCGUUCUGCUACUCCAAGUGAGAUAAUAAUAAUAAUAAUAAUAAUAAUAAUAAUAAUAAUAAUAAUAAUAAUUUUUAUAGAGUCAAUAUGCUUUGCAUUGCAAUGAAGCCCCAUUUCCUGACCAAUGGAGAUCCUCCUCCAUGCUCCUCCUUCCCUCUAUCUUGUGCCUUCCAAAAUUCCACUCCAGCAGCCUUAAGGACUAGAAGCUUCUUUCCCUUAAAAAUAAAAUAAAAUCAAAGCUGCAAAUCUCAUGCUACUGAAAUUUGUAUCUGCCACCAGAUUCCAUGGCUCUGCUGUGUGAUUGCAGAACCAUAGCCUAUACAGAACUAUAGUCCCAACCAACUUGGGGUAAGGGGGCUGGGCCCCAGAUAAGGAUCUGACCACAGCCUACAGUUGCUCUGGUUUUAUUCCGGCUACCAGUGAAGUGGAAAUUCCACAAGUUUGGGGGGAGUUUGAAGUAGGGAGACAGUGGCUCGGGACUUCAGCUUCGCUUUAGGGCGGGUGGAGAGAGCAGCAGCCCCCCGUAUCUCUUAAGGAAGUGUCUUCUCUGUGCUUUGUGGGCUUCCUCCUUGGCAAGAGGGAAAGAAAUGGAGGAGGAGCAGGGCUCUUAAGGCUUGCAUGACUUGGAGAUUGGAGGUUCCAUUAUAGGUGGAAGGAGAGUCCAGGGAGAGCUCUCUUGGUUUUUUGUCCCGCUUUCUGCGCACCAAGGUGGAAAGCACAGGUGGCCCUCGAGUCUCUGCUCUUGGCACGAGAAUGUGCCGGCUCAGCAGAUUCAUUUGGCAAGUCAGUUGGAGCGAGAAGCCAGGUCUCCAGGCCAUGAGAUUCUCAUUCCCGAUUCUCAUUCCCAGAGCCCCUCUCCGACAGACUGCAAUCCGUCCCCCAGUCCCACAAACCCACAUAGCAUUCACACAGGGAUUGUCUCCUCCGUUCUGCUUUGUUUUCCCUGGCUUUGGGCCCCCUCUCUCUCCCCCCUUCUAUAAGAAUCCCCACCCUACUCUCACCCCGUUGGUGAUCCCGCUGCCAUUCCUUUGGCCCACCUGAACUUGCCAAAGAGCAGUGGUGUUGGGCUCAGCCACAGUGCUAAGAGCAAGAGAGAGAGGGUCCUACGAUGUUGAGGGGCGACGUACAAAGAGCCUCUCCUGUGCUUGGAGGUAAAAAUCCGACAGCCGGGGUGGUGGGUCCUCUUGAGCGGCUGUGGAUAAGUUUUCCAUACUUCCACGCAGAACUGCGCCGCGGGCAGGGAACAGGAGCCGGUUAUAAAUAGCUUGCGCAGGGUCGCCUUCGCCUCAGCUUGGCAACACACAGCCCAGCCAGUGAAUAUUUCAUGAACGCUAAAAAUACAAACCUCCUCCUCCUCCUCUUGCAUUUUGUGCCACUUCCUUCUGCCUUUGCCUGUCAUUCUCAGGCAGAUUUGUCCUCCAAAUCUUUGUAACUGAACCCAGAAGUCACUGCUGGCCCUUCUGCUCCAACCACUUGACCCCGCUGCCCCAGGAGUCCUCAGGGUGUUUGUGUGUGUGUGUGUGUGUGUGUGUGUGUGUGUGUUUCUCUCUCCAAUUAACUCCUCUUUUAUUUCUACCUCUCCUACAAUAUAAACUAGAUGGAUUUAGCCUCAGGCAAUUACCUUAGGUUUUGAUAAUUGAACUGAGGUUCCCUCUCCCUCUAUCUCUGGGAGGGGAGUGGGCUCAAUGGAUUUGGGCUUUGCAGAUAGGAGGCUGAGAGGAGAGUGAGACGUUUCAGGUGGGAGGCUUGAUCCAGGGAAAGGAUGGUAAGCCUGGUGAAUUGUGCGGGGGCAGACAGUGGCUCAUACUCUAGGCCAAUGUUUCUCAACCGUGGGUCUCCAGCUAUUGUUGGACUACAACUCCCAUCAUCCCUAGCUAGCCGAACCAGUGGUCAGGGAUGCUAGGAGUUGAAGUCCAAUGACAGCUGGAGACCCAAGGACGCUAAACACUGCUCUAGGCAUUAUUCCUAAAGCUUGUGAGAGCGGGCCAGGCUUGUGAACUCUGGGACCAGCCAGAGAAAAGUGGGCCUGAUGUCAAUGUACUCAUCAGCUAGGAGGAUGGAGAGGAGAGAGAAGCAGCAACGCUAAGGGUGCCACAAACAAAAUAUCGGUGGUUUUCCAUUCCCAUUGUAAAAAAAAAAGCAUUGACAAUUAAAUGUUUCCAACUUAGGUUAAAAAAUGCUAUUGAGAGAUCCAUGGAACAAACCAAACCAAAAGAAAAACGAUUUGAGAUUGAACAAGUGAUGCAGUUUGGCAAUGAGGCAUACGAUAUAUUGGGAAUAGAUAGAUAUAUCAGGCCUGAAUUGUUCUGUUUCUGUGACGCCUCUGCUUUAGUACAGCAUGUCAGCCCAAAUGCACAUGCAGGCCCUUUAAAUAUUUCAUAUUGCCAUUGCAAAAAAUCAAAAACAAAACAAAUUGGGGUGGGGGGGGGGGGGAGAUGAUAACAUCAGUGGGAAGAAAGGGGUUUUGCACUCAGAAGCCCCACACUGACCGACUUGAGCAGGAGGACUCAGAGGUUGCGACCUCUACUGGAUGGUAGGGGUGAUUUUGAAUGUGGAGGAGCUGCAUGGGCUGUUGGAGGCGAUGCAGGGAUUUCACUCAGUGCUUUUAAGACACGCCUAGUCAUUUGGAUGCUGCUGCAAGUCUGCCCUCUUUAUCAACAGCAGUUAAGCACAGCACAGAGGGAAGUUUUGGCAGGCAAGCGGCCCAAUUGCUAAUGCACCUGUUAUCCUGCCCUAAAGAGCAGCUUCCUAGCUGUGGCAGACUUCAUGCUCAGGUUGGCAGAACCUUCUGUUAGUUUAGACUGUUUUCAGGGUGGGCAAAAGGCUGAGUUUCCUCCCGCCUUUCAGUGAAUGCUAGCAGGCAGAGGUGGGCCCCUGUGGGGUUGCGGUACAUGACUUUUGCAGGCCGCAGAAUUGGGCUUUUUGUUGUUGUUGAAAAGUGGAGAAUUUAAAUUUUUAAACUUGCGUAUCCUCAGUCCUGGGGAAGGGCGCCACAGAGAUCAUAACUCAUGUUGACAAUUGUGCGCAAGGGACACUGGAGUGGUUGUGGUAGUCACCCAGGGUGAACUGAAGGGUGUCAGAGGCGAUCCUGCGUAUGAGUUGGGUUUGGUGGCGGGAGGAGCGGAGGCCGGGAGUCAGGAUUCCUGGCUCCUUCCUGUCCUGUGUAAGGUAGGGGCGUUGCGGGGGUGAGCGACGCAUGACGGCGCAGCCAAGGGAUGGAAGGAUUUCUGUCUUGAGAGACAGGCCGGCUGAUGAGUGCUGAAGCUGCAGAGCAGGGAGAGCAGGUGGGAUCGAUCUAGUUGUCAGGGUUACUUUAGCUCGGCAUCAGUCUGGGGAAUCAAGGGAGCAAACUGCAACGGACAGCUACUGGGGCAGUGGGGGGAGAUGCCUGCAGAAAGAGCACAGGAACCCUGGUGCUCAGCCGUAGCCUUUUCUCUGCGACUCUUUCAAGUACUUAUUACAAAGCACAGAGGGUGCUACCAUCUAAGCUUCGUCCUCGCAGCUGCUUGGAAUUGUGCUGUGUGCAUAGAACCAGGGCUAGCAUGGGAGUUGGUUGGAACUUUUGCAUUCUAAAAUUACCGGCCCCAUAGGAAGGAGUAGAAGUGGGGUCAAACCCAGGGGUGAUGGGUCAAGACGUGGAACCUAGAGGAAUCUGAUGGACUAAGACAGAACCAGAAUGGAACCCGGCAGGUUGUUGGGUGGAGAUGGGCAGUAAAUUCCAGGUUCUGGUUUCUUGAAACUCAGUACAGUGGUACCUCAGGUUAAGUACUUAAUUCGUUCCGGAGGUCUGUUCUUAACCUGAAACUGUUCUUAACCUGAAGCACCACUUUAGCUAAUGGGGCCUCCUGCUGCUGCCGCGCCAUCAGAGCACAAUUUCUGUUCUCAUCCUGAAGCAAAGUUCUUAACCCGAGGUAAUAUUUCUGGGUUAGCGGAGUCUGUACCCUGAAGCGUAUGUAACCCGAGGUACCACUGUACUGGUUAACUCACAGAUCACGGUUUUACCACGCAGUCUGGUUGACCACUUGGCAUCCCUGGGCUCGACUCGAUGAUGUUGCAUCUAGCCUGUGGACAUUCAUUCCCUGAAAUUCCCAGACAUGUGCUCCCCAAGUGUGGUUACUCAGUGGUGAAGAGGGAGCACUCUGCACAAGCUCAGAGGAAGCUGUUGCUAGUUCAUCAAGAGCUCAUCUCUGUUUUUUGAAAACAGGCUCCAAAGUGACGUGUGUGUGUUUUAUGAUGCCCUUGUACCUGGUCAUAGCCUGUGCCCUGCUUGCAACUUGCUUGUUUGCCUAACCCCACCAGUCGAGGCAGUGGCUGUGAUGUUAAUGGGGGCCAUGUCAUCGUCAUCCGUCUGGUGAGCCUGCCUUCCCACUCACAGAAGUUGCAAAACAGCAGGAAGGCCUCUUGGCUGUUCCUUCUAGCAUACGAGUUAGGAAUCUCAUUCAGUUCCUCUUCCGCAGUUUUUUUUUUUCCUGUUUGAAGCCAGUUUCUCGGGGUGGGGGCAGAGAGGAUGGGUGGCUGCUGUUAUCUGUUCCCCUGCUGUUUUGCUAAUUUCGUGGCUGAGCAGGUUUCAGGGAAAGACCCCAAAUUUAUGUCAGCUCCCUAAGGAGAUCAGAGCAGUCCCAGGCUCUGGAGAAGAGGGCAGUGAGCAAUGGUUAGAGAGCAAAGGAGGAGAUGGUUGUGGAGAGAGACGUCUCAGCUGCAGGCUGCCAGUUCUGAAAGGAGGAGCAGGUGAUGGGAGGAAAGUGGUGGGUGUCACUGUUGUUGUUUUUAGUAUACAGUGGUACCUCUGGUUGCAAACGGGAUCCGUUCUGGAGCCCCGUUCGCAACCUGAACGGAAUGCAACCUGCGCCUGCACACGCGCGGGUCGCGAUUCGCGGCUUCUCUGCAUGCAUGUGAUGUCAUUUUACGUGUCUGCACAUAUGGAGUGGCGAAACCUGGAAGUAACCCUUUCCGGUACUUCCGGGUCACCGCAGGACGCAACCUGAAAAGAUGUAACCUGAACCGAACAUAACAAGAGGUAUGACUGUACUUAAUGUAACUCCCACUAGCGGGAGAGGAGUGUGUGUUUGUGUUGCCCUUGGGGGGAAACGCUCAUUGUUUUAGUGGUUUUUCUAGGCAUGGGGGCCUUCAAACAAAGGUGAGAUUGUUUCAGCACAGCUCCCUCCCAAUGCUCAUUCAGAGCGAGGGAUAGCAUGGCCUGCUUUCACUCUGAAUUGGCUUUUUAACAUUGUCACAUAAGCAAAUCUGAUGCUGCAAUUGCCUCGUGUCUCCCACAUGAUCCCUGGGAUCACUCAGAGGAGGAAGGGCCUAAGAAGAGAAAGGGGAAAUCAUUUUCCUCAAGGGUAUCUCAUGGUAUUUGUUACUCCCAUUGGAGAAAUGGCCAAGAAGCCCUCAAGGUAGCUUGCAGUAAGCAGACAGUCAUAUGGAAACCCUGACAAUAAAAUAACUAUAAAACCAGCUCAGCAGCUUGGGGGAGAAGGCCAGCCAGUAUCGACCUGAAACCGUGUUUGUUAAUGCACUUCCUAGGAGUCUCCAGGGGAAAGAGCCUGGGAGACGUGGCUCCAGCGGGAGGUGAAAUAGCUUGUCUUCUGUUUAGGAAGGGACCUGGAGCAAGACUGCUGUCUGAAAGUCCUGGACAUGAAGUUUGUUGCAUUUUACAAGUUAUAGUGCUGGUGCUUCUGUCCCAUUUUCCAGCAUUUCCCUUUUUGCACUGCGCUACCGGUUGUGUUACGGAACUUUGGCUUUUCGGCAGUCCAGAUUUCAAACGGUGGGAAAGAACUGUAGGCUGGGACGCUGCUCCACCUUUCAUCACAUGACAUUACAUGGCAAAAUUCUCUGAAUUGCAAGUGGAAAUGGGGUUGCAAAUGGAUUCUUUUUCCUGGGAACAAUUAAAAAUUAGCACUGAACUUCUGCUGGAUUCCACCAGAUUUCCUGACGUGGCUUUUUGCAGUCUCUUUCUCCCUCUCUGAGGUGCUAGACUUGUGUCCGAUGCUGCUACUUCAGACUGAUGUUGGAGAGAAGUACAUCUUCUACACAAGUCCCCUCCGUAUCAUACGUUUAAUAUCCAAUCACUUUCAACAGUCAUGGCUUCUGCCAAAGAAUCCUGGGAACUGUAGUUUCUCAAAUGAGCUGAAAGUCGUUAGGAGAGACCCCUCUUUCCCUCACAGAGCUACAAUUCCCAGUGGUGUGUAACAAUCAGUCUCCCUUCCGAAGGGGAAUAAGGGUCUCCUAGCAACUCAGCACCCUUAAGGAACUACAGUUCCCAGGAUGCUUUGUGGGGAAGCCAUGACUGUUUACAGUUUUAUGAUACUGCUUUAAAUGUAUGGUGCAGACGGGGCUAUAGAAAGCUAGUUGUCAAGGAGCAGGAUUCUAGCGGAGUCCUGACAUGCUAGCUUUCUGUGUACAGAGAAUUGUUUUCAGGUUAAGGAGUGUGAGGCCCCCUUUUGCUCUCACAAAUGGUGCAGCCCUGACAGAGGUUUGUCCCCCUAAGUUUGAGAUGCUCAUCAAACCACAACACACCCACUUUCUCUUCCUCUCUCUCUUGACUCUCUUCCCCUCUGCCCAAUUCUGACAGAUGUGUCAGGGGCCCACGGGCAAGUCGACCGCAGCAGCCUGAGCAGCGUCUUGCGGGACCUGGUGAAGCCGGGAGAUGAGAAUGUGCGGGAGAUGAACAAGAAGCUUCAGAACAUGCUGGAGGAGCAGCUGACCAAAAACAUGCACUUGCAGAAGGUUUGUGGGUGCAGCCUUGGGGAUCACGGGUGAGGUGUGUGCCUGGGGAGGGCAUUAUCCAAGGAUGCUAGAGGUGGGAGUCGGUUCCAGGAGAACGGCAGAGCCAAGAGCCAGUGUGGUGUAGUGGUUAAGACUGGUGGACUCGUAAUCUGGUGAACCAGGUUCGCUUCCCCGCUCCUCCGCAUGCAGCUGCUGGGUGACCUUGGGCUAGUCACGCUUCUCUGAAGUCUCUCAGCCCCACUCACCUCACAGAGUGUUUGCUGUGGGGGAGGAAAGGAAAGGAGAAUGUUAGCUGCUUUGAGACUCCUUUGGGUAUUGAUAAAGCGGGAUAUCAAAUCCAAACUCUUCUUCUUGUUGUUUUUGUUUUAACUAUUUACUUGUGUUUUUAUCUUGUAUUUUAUCCUGUGAACCACCCUGGGGUCUUGUGAUGAAGGGCAGUAUAUUAUUAUCAAUUUUUAUCAUCAUUUUUAAUUUGUAUACCAUCUUUCUAUCUUACAAUGCUCAAGGCGGUUUAGAAGCUGAAGAAACAAAAAACGUACAUCUUAUAACAAUCUAAUGCAAUAGAAAAAUGUGAUAAUAAAACAUAACUUUAAAAUAGGUAACCUAUAUCAAAAAAGUAAUGUUCAGCAAUCAUUAGAAUAGUAUUAAAUAAUAAUAAUAAUAACAACAUAUAAAAGUUAAACAGAAAUCCACUCAGCAGUUGCAAUAAAUAAUUUCUAAACUAUAAUCAAUAAAACAACGGCAAACCACAGUACAUAAAAUAAUACAAUACAAAUUGAGAGGCAGAGAAUAGAGGGUGGGGCAAGGCAGGAGGCCUUGCCUGAUGGAAUCUCUCCCCUCACAGUUCUACUUCUUAUUAUUAGACUCUUCCUUGUGUGGAAAAGGAACUCUGCACAUGCUCAGAAGCACACAACCUGAGGGAGUAGGGUUUUUCGGGCAUUUCCCCCCCCCCAAAACAGUUGGCACAUGUGAAUUGCAUGGGGUCAAGAGAGGAAGCCUUAUUGGAGCACCUAGCCCCCAGGGACUAACAGUGGCAGAAAUGGAUUGGGUGGGGCAAAUUCUUGAGGGAGAGACCCCAGCAAAUAGCAUCAGAAGGUGGGGUCAGUGGGAGGAGAGUCCUGCUGCAACUUAACAGGGACAUGCAACUGCAAAAUGGAGGCCAGUAAGGACCUGGGGUGGUUCCAGACCAGGCGUCGGCAAGUUUUACCUCUCCUGGGCUGCUUCACUGCGGAGAUCGCUCUGUGGGGCGGCAGCGCGGAAGCGAGUCCCUGCUCCAUGCUGUGCCGGUUUAGUGCAGCACGCGGGGACUCGCUUAGUGGGCAGCUCAGUUCAGGGGCCGUUUAGACGACCCCCGUGGACUGCUUUUGGGCCGCAGGUUGCCGACCCCUGUUCCAGAGAGAUUGCAAGCAGGGUGGCAAAGGGGCCAGCUUGGAGGUUGCCAUCACAGUGAAACAGCAGCAGGGGCCCGGGGCCCUUCCCCACAAGCCCGCAUUCGUCUCACCCCUGAUUCCACAUGCAUGGGGCUGGUACAUGUACCCAGCCGCUAAGGAACAACUGGGAGCUGAAAGUAAGCAGCGGAAGGGGGAGCAGCUCCACAGCUGCGGGAGAUGGGGAGAUAUUUCCCCCUGGCGAAUAAGGGCAGUUGGCAGCUCCUGGGACGUUAGCAUCUUUUCCGGGUGCUCCUGCCUUGAGCCCACGGGGGCCGGCUCUCGCAGCUGCCCUCCCGCUGCCUCUCUCCAUCCUCCUGGUCUCGGGAUGCAGGUCAAGGUGACUGCGAGGGGAACCGAGGAGGCCAGCGGGAGCCUGGCUCCUGGCACCGAGCGGCAGCUGAGGGAGUAGCAGGUUUCCCUCCCCAUUACGAGCCGUGGUGACCUUGAGCUGCAGAGGAGCAGCCGCCGCCGCUUCCUUGUGCCAGAGAUCUGCUGGGGCUGGAGCCGCCUCUCUCCCCUUCUCACAAAUGGGUGACCACCCAAAGCCAGAGAGGAAGUCUGCUCCCUGGGCUGCGGCGAGGCUGCCUCUGGGGCUGAGCAGUCAAACAGAACAGGACAGGGUGCGCAAGGCAGAAAUUGUCCCUGCAGCCUUGAAUGGGGGCGGGGGGGGGGGUCCGUUCUGGCCAUCAGAGGGGCAUGGCAGCAGGGGUGCUGUGUCCUGGGUCUUGCCCCUCUUGGCCCCUCCUCAUCCCGGGAAGAUGCAGAGGUGUGGGGGACAGAAGAAGAGGAUGCUAGUGCCCUCCCCAGCCCUUGUGCUCGGAGAGCCAUAAAUGUCAGAUCCUGUACAAGCGUUCCUUGAGAAGGGGCAGUGAGAGACUGGGUACAAGACCUGGCCACUCAGAACCCCACUUAAGGAUGAGGAGCAUCAGAUACAGUGGUACCUCGGGUUACAUACGCUUCAGGUUACAGACUCCCCUAACCCAGAAAUUGUACCUUGGGUUAAGAACUUUGCUUCAGGAUGAGAACAGAAAUCGUGCUCCGGCGGUGUGGCGGCAGCAGGAGGCCCCAUUAGCUAAAGUAGUGCUUCAGGUUAAGAACAGUUUCAGGUUAAGAACAGACCUCAAGAACGAAUUAAGUACUUAACCCGAGGUACCACUGUAUUUAAAAUGCAUCUCUGGGUUAUUUGUUGGGCAAAGGAAUUCGUUCAUCCCCCACCCCCAAAAUAGCCCCCCACAAGGUCUGAGGGACAGUGGACCGGCCCCCUGCUGGAAAAGUUUGCUGACCCCCUGGCUAGCCUUUCUCCCUAGCAUGUUAUUUUUCGAUGAGCAGGGAGGGGAUUUUGGGGUGUUGAUAAGGAAUAUGGAAUUAAGUACUUAACCUGAGUAACCACUGUAUAGGAUAUUCUGAACAUAUGCAAAGGGUUUUCUCCCCACCCCACUGUAUUCUUGCCUUUGGAAAACUUGCAGCAGCUUAUUGGGGGGGGGGGAAUUCAUGGCAAAUAUCUCUUCCAAUGCACCCCUAUCAGCCACGAGAGCUAAGCGAACCCUCCAUGUUCAGAGGCAAUGUACCUCCAAAUACCAGCUGAUGGGGACAUAGCAGCGGGCGGACGUCAGUCUCCCUGCCCGGCUCUUACAAGUUUCUCACAAGCAUCUGGCUGACGGCUGCUUAGCAAUCAGGGCUGGGUAGACCUUAAGUCUGAUCCCGCAAGGCUGUUCAUGUGCUCACCUGUUUUAAUCACCAGCGCUCACCAACACAGGCUAUAGGGAGAGGCGAGAGGGAGCCCGCCCCAGCAAAAGACUUUGCAGCAUAUUGGCCUUUUUUCUCCCCCUUUCCUUUUUCAAUAUUAACUUGAUGUAGAAUCUGAUCCUUCCAACGUCCUAAUGGAGCAAGGGGACGAAAGAGUGAUGUCAGCGGAAAGAGGUGGCUAUUUAUAGCUGCAUCUGAGUGGGGAGGGAUGGGGGGGAGCGGAGCUGCUUCAGAGGACGGUCUGUCAAGGUUGGGGCUGCAAAGGAGCGGUCAGUGCAGCGGGGGGGGGGGCAGAGGGAGGAUGCUGUCUUGGAGACAGGGUGGGCGUGUUGCAGGGGGUGCAAAUCCACAGAUAAUGUGGUGCUAGAGAGGAGGGGUGUGGGGUUUGGGGUUUGGGGCAGGUUAAGGUGUGUGGGCGACCUGAGUGGGGGCCUCUAGGGGGCGCUGUGCAGCUGGGAAAGAGGCUGCCAGCCAGGAAUACUUCAGGUGGUGUGGUUGGAAGGAGGCACUGGUCAGAAGGAGCCUUGGGGGGGAGCAUGCUGAGGCCGAGGGAGCGUGGUUUGAGAGACAGCACGUGGCUUGCAUCCAAGAGGACCCUUUCGCUCUCAAAAUCCACACUUGGUUCGUUCUCUCUCUGCCUCUUUUAUUGAUUGUGAUUGGUUCCUUAUCUCAUGAUUUUAAGAAACAGUUUCCCUCUGAACUCAAGCCCAGUGGUGAUCAAUAAGCAAUUUUUAACUGCAUAAUCCCAUAAUGAAAUUAUAUAUUUAUAAGGUUUUAAUCCUGGCUCUGGUCACAAGUCAUCUCAUUGAUGUGUAUCAAUAGGUGCAGCCUGAGAAGGGUGUCCUGUUCAGAUCUGGUGUUUCCUCUUAGCUGCAUCUUUUCCCAAUACAGUGGUACCUCUGGAUGCGAACGGGAUCCAUUCCAGAGCCCCGUUCGCAUCCUGAACAUAGCUGUCAACUUUUCCCUUUUCUUGCGAGGAAUUAUAUUCAAAAUAAGGGAAUUUCCCUUUUAAAAAAGGGAAACAUUGACAGCUAUGAUCCUGAAGCGAACGCAACCCUUGUCUGGGCAUGCGCGGGUCACAAUUCGCCGCUUCCUCGCAUGCGCGUGACGUCAUUUUGAGCAUCUGCGAGAGCGGCAAAACCCGGAAGUAACAUGCUCCGUUACUUCCGGGUCGCCGUGGAGCGCAACCCGAAAAUGCUCAACCUGAAGCUACUUCAACCUGAGGUAUGACUAUGGGGCAGGGGACUGAAGCAGAAGAAGAAGAGAAGAAGAGUUUGGAUUUGAUAUCCCACUUUAUCACUACCCGAAGGAGUCUCAAAGCGGCUAACAGUCUCCUUUCCCUUCCCCCCCCCACAACAAACACUCUGUGAGGUGAGUGGGGCUGAGAGACUUCAAGGAAGUGUGACUGGACCGAGGUCACCCAGCAGCUGCAUGUGGAGGAGUGGAGACGGGAACCCGGUUCCCCAGAUUAUGAAUCUACCGCUCUUAACCACUACACCACACUGGCUCCUUCCUUUCCCAAGCGUUCCUUUCCCAAACUCAGAUUUGUGCCUGUGGCUUCUGCCUAUGCCUCUGUUGUCGGGGUUGACAACUUGCUGUUUUGAAAAAAGACUCCCCCCCCCGGGCCAUCCCUGAAGAGGACAAAAAGAGCUAAGGCAGUCGUGUCUCAGAGGCAAGCCAGAACUUGAUGGACCAGAAGCAGGACUUGAAGAAAACUGGCCAACCAGAACCAUAGAAUUGGAAGGGGCUGUGGGGGUCAUCUGGUCCAGCCCCUGCAAUGCAGGAACCUUUUACCCAACGCAGGGCUUGAAUCCAUGAUCUCGAGCACAGCCUUGCAGAGCCAGGCAGAGGCCCAGGCCAGGUAGAUAAUGUGCCCCCCCUUUUUUACUCUGGGGAUAGUUGAAGUCUUAUAAAUAAGUAUAUACAGUGGUGCAUCGCAAGACGAAAUUAAUCCGUUCUGCGAGUCUCUUCAUCUUGCGGUUUUUUCGUCUUGCGAAGCACGGCUAUUAACGGCUUAGCGGCUAUUAGUGGCUUAGCGGCUUAGCGGCUAUUAACGGCUUAGCGGCUAUUAACGGCUUAGCGGCUUUAAGAAAAAGGAAACAGACUCGCAAGAACUCGCAAGACGUUUUGUCUUGCGAAGCAAGCCCAUAGGGAAAUUCGUCUUGCGGAACGACUCAAAAAACGGAAAACUCUUUCGUCUAGCGAGUUUUUCGUCUUGCGAGGCAUUCGUCUUGUGGUGCACCACUGUAAAUAAUUUUCACAAAAGUUAUGCUGACAAAUAAUUUUAUUUCAAGGCUUGAACCAUAUCUGUCUAUAAAGACAAAAUGGAAAAUAUAGAUAUACAAUAGUGCUUUUUUAAAAUACGUAGGGAAAAUGAUUAUUUUAAGUAUUUACAUUUAAAAAUGCUUUCCUAGCUUUCUUUUCUGCGAAUUCUUGAAUUAUGCAGGAAGAAUCAAGCAACUUCGCCUUAUCGUGGUUUAUGUUUAUCAUUGCUAAACCAUUUGGGCGUUCUUGAGCCAUUGUUGAUCGAAAGAAAGACUUAGUUCGUUUUAAUAUAUUGAAACGUCUCUCACUGGAGGCCACUGUUUCUGGUAAUGAUAAGAAAAUGUGCCAUGCAGUUAGAAGAUUUGGAAAAACAUUUUCCAAAUUCAAGUUUAGUAUUUGAUCAGCAAUUUCUUCAAUUUCUUUCGGUGACCGAGGCCCCCUUUGGAAUCGGAGGCCCGGGCCAAGUGGCCCAUAUGGCCCCCCCCUGUCUGGGCCUGAUCCCGAGAUUAAGAGUUUUACCAGGUAGCUGCAAAUGUCAACCAUUAACCUGAGUAGGGGCAGAGUGUGAAUAUGGGCAGGGUUUGUCCUGUGGGAGAUGAUGGCACUGUCUUCCCGUGGGCUCAGCUGACCUGCUUCUUCCCCUUCCUUUCUUUCCCUCUCGCCAGGAUUUGGAAGUGCUCUCCCAGGAGAUUGUCCGCCUCAGCAAGGAGUGUGUUCCGUCCCCUGACGCUGAGCCUGCCCUGGAUGACGCCGUCUGAGCUCAGUCCCGUCCUGUGAUGCCCAUCCUUCACUUUGCCCUCGACUGCACUGCUGGCAUGGGAGAGGGGGUGGUAUUGGCGCCUUCUGCCUCCCUCCCGAUGGGUCAAUUCUCUUAACCUUGUUUUGUUUUAGGGAGGUGUUCAGUCCUCUCCAGCUAGCUGUCCUUCCCUUUCUUGGCACCAACAAACAAGUUUGCCCUUUAACCGCCUCCCAACUCAGGCCUCCCCACUCCCUGCCCUGAAACGGAUUUGUUUCUCCUAAGUAACACACACACGGACUAUCCUCCAUCUGCUUCUCUUUAAGGCUGUAGAUGCUGGCCCUUUAAGAAGCACUGGUUGAGGUGGCCUUCCUGCAGCAGCACUCCUUGUGGGCUGGAGGGCAAACUGCAGCUUGGUUUUCAAAAUUGACCCAGGGUGGAGUGGGAUGCUGUGAACAGAGGGGAAUAACAGAGGAGCUGCAAAGCAGAAUGGGAGGCAUUCCUGCCAUGGUAAAGAGCCAUUUAAAGCACCACUCUUGAAAUACUAUUGCUCUGGGGUUGUUUAACUUUCUCCCAAGCCUCUCUGUCUGCUUCCGACUCCUCAAGCUAUGUCUCUGAAUCCUACAGCUUCACCUUCCUGAUUCAUUCACAACACCCCCUUCCCCUGUUCUCCCAUCACCUUGCAUGCUCAGUCAGUCCUGAAUCUUAUUCUGCCCCAGCUCUGUCCAGCUGUUGCUGCUGUUAAUAAAAAAGGUAAAAUAUUAUAGAUAAAUAAAUAUAAAUAUAUAUAUAGAUAUAUAUAUAUAUUUGUGCUGAUUCCCUCCCUCUGGGUGGGACUUGACCCAAGCGGAGCAAAACCCUUAUGUCUCCAGGAGGGGGGACUUGGGGCUCAUUCAAGGUUCCAGCUGCACUUUUUUUCCCCCUGUUGGGUGAGGGUAGCGUGUGUGUUUUAUUUAACGUAUCAAUGACUUGUACAAGGCUGUAAUUGUUGAGCAACUGAUAAUGCAAACAAUGAUUUUUGACUGGCUUCA